UGGUGACGUAAGCCAGAAGCCCUGUCUCUCUCUCUCUCUCUCUCUUCUGUGUGUGAGUGUGUGUGUGUGAGUGUGUGUCUCUCUCUUUCUCUCUCUCUCUCUCUCUCUCUCUUCCCCCUCUUCCCCCUCCCUUCCCAAGCUCUCUAACAUUAAAGCGAAAAUGCUCCUUUCUGUGCCUCCUCGUGCAGGGAUCGCCACUUUUGGCUACAGCAAGAGCAACAAGAAGGUAAGGAAGAAGCCAGUCCUGGUUCCCCACCACCUCACCUCCCCUUUCUGCUUCCUAUUUCCAAGAUCUUGGAAACGUCCUUGGCUUAGAGACGGGAGGAGAAGUUAAAAAAAAAGGGGGGGUUUGAGGAAAACCAGGGUUGCCUUCCCCACCAGCCCGCUGUGGUGGUGUUGGUGUCUGAAGGGGAGACAGAUCUUGCCAAUUAUUUGGGGUGGUUAGGAAGCUAGGAGGUUGGCUUCCCAACAGGGAAGCCCACCUCCAGGGUUGGCUGAUCUUGGCCUCUGUUCCGGGGUGACCCCCAUCCGCCCCUCGCACCACCAGACCCCUCUUGCCAAGGCCUGAGUCUUCCCAAGGGCGACUUUGAGUCCGGAGCGAUGGGGACGAAAAAAUAGAAUAAAAAAAUAAGCUGGGUAGACCAGAACAACAGGCAGCGAAAUCACAGCACUUCGUGAAUCUCCCUGGGACAUUAAUAUUCUGUGGGUUCCUCCCUGCACCCCUGAUUAUGGGGUGUUUGCUUUCUCGUCUGGGUUUUUUUUUUUUUUUUUGGCUAGGGGGAACGGAGGACCUGCAUCCAGGAGGGGCUGGGUACUGGAAGCAGGCAGUUCAAAUUCUAGGCAUGGGGUGUUCACACCAGGAUCAGACUGAGGCCUUGUUUUUUAACCCUCUCCUGACUCUUUCCAGGGGGAUGGAGACUUCUGAAUCCACCCCCAGCGGGGUAUUCUCGAGGGUGGGGUUCCAGGAUGUGGUUUCUAUGGCAUCCACGUGUUCUGAGGAAGAGUGUGCCAUAAAGGAGGCUUCCCCCCUUCCUCUUCCACCGCCCUUUCUGCUCCCCACAUCUGGGGUGAGGCGAGAAUACUCUGCAUGCCAGGGAAGAUGGGACAUGUAGCUUGCAGGAGGAUGCGAGGGAGCUGUAAGAAAUGGGGGCUUGAACCCAGCGCCACCCCCUCCUCGUCAGGACUGUCAUUCGGAACCUGAAUAGCCUUGUCAGGUUUGGAAAAUGCAUCUUGACUAGCCUGGGUAUUUAUUUGAACGCUCGGGUGUGGAUUAUUUUCCCCUCUGGCAAGAAGUGCGGUCUAGUGGUACUCUAGGGUUUCAGGGAACCCCAGGUUAUAUCUCUAGCCGGGGCAGGGAAGAAGGAUAGAAGGGGGAGACCCCCGGGAAGUUGGAAAUAGGAGCCCAGACUUCUGGCAUUUUAAAUAUCCACCUUAUCUCUAUUGUUGAUUCACUGUGUGACCUUGUAUGCAUAUGGUGUUGGGUUAAAGGGGUGGUGGUGGCAGGGGAGAAUAAGCUUGUUACCUGUUCUGUGCCUCAGUUUCCUCUCUGUCUGUCCCCGGGACUGUGGAAGAUCUACAGCAAAUGUGAAAAUUGCAGGCACUAUAGUAAUGCGUUUGGACAGAAACCUGGGGUAGAGAGGGAAGGCCCAAUUUGGGGCAUUAAUUGUGUUUAUCCAUAUUAGGGAUGAGUAUGGCACUCGAAGGAACUGUGGCUGUCUUAGCCAUCUCAUUGCGCCUCCCUGCCAACCUCUUUUUGAAACUGGGUGACAUUUUCCUGUUCUGACCAUUGACUGAUGUGGAAUUUGUAGAAAUAGGCAGAUAUGGGGCGGGAAGACCUCUGCAAUGAUGGAGGGGCUGUCUGUGCCAAUAAGGAGCAGGGCAGCAUUUUGUGAUGGGUGAGCUGUGGACACAUAUUAGUGGCUUGUCCUGUUAAAACGACAACAACAAAGACAAAUAGCCAACAGUGCUGGCACGGUUAUUAUAAUUGGUGGUUCAACGUAAGACUGAAACCAUAUCACCAGUCGUGUGUGCACACACACUCAUGUACACAUAUUCCACCUAUGCCUCCGUAUGCAUAACUUGACAUGUGUGUGUGUUUUAUUUCUUUUGACACUUUAUAUACUGCUUUAUUACAGUCCUCUAAGCAGUGCAUUGUAUCGGUGGGUUAUCUGUGCGUGUUUCAAAAUGUUCUUGUUAUGAGUGCGUCUUGGAGUACUUUCAAGUGACUUUCCUGGUGCUAGCAUGUUGUUUCAUGGAUUUGGUGCUGCUGGUGCCACUCCAGUGCUCAGGAACUUGCCCUCGUGUCUGUGUGCACAUUUAUUUGUGUGCGUGCAUAGGUGAGCAGGUGCAACUGUGGCCGCGUGUAUACAGUCUCAUCCUUGAUUUGAUUGACAGCUAACAUGGGUGCUUAAGGCUGAAUUUGGAUAAUCGUGAUUGGGGGUCAGGUCGUUUGCGGUGUGUAGUAUUUGUGUAGCCAUGUGUGAGAGUGAGACUUUUCUAAGUUCGACAGAUGAUCAGUGAUCUCAAAACUAUGUGUAUAUGUAGGACUACAAUACAUGCAGAUCACCUGAGUUGGAAUACUUCAUCCUCGGCUUCAGCUAGCAGCACCCUUGACCUAAAUGCAGGAAAUGGAAAUGAAACCCAUUGAUUUUAAUGAAUCUUAAUUCCAGGCACUGUGUUUAAGAGUGGGGUGUCAGCUGGUGGGUGUAGGUACUGACCUUUAAAGCCCUAAUGGCUUCAGCCCAGUAUAUCUGAAGGAGCGUCUCCACCCCCAUCGUUCAGCCCAGACACGGAGGUCCAGCUCCGAGGGCCUUCUAGUGGUUCCCCCAUUGCAAGAAGUGAGGCUACAGGGAACCAGGCAGAGGGCCUUCUCGAUAGUCGUGCCCACCCUAUGGAACGCCCUCCCGUCAGAUGUCAGGGAAAUAAACAACUCUCUGACUUUUAGAAGACAUCUGAAGGCAGCCCUGUUUAGGGAAGUUUUUAAUGUUUGAUGUCUUACUGUGUUUUAAUUGGUUGGAAGCUGCCCAGAGUGACUGGGGCAAUCCAGUCAGAUGGGCGGAAUAUAAAUAAUAAAUUAUUACUAUUAUUAUUGGCUCACAUGUUGCAUUGUUCACAUGAAGGCAGGUAACUCAGAAAAAUACCAUGAUCAAAAUAACGAGACAAUAACAAUAACAACAACAACAACAACGAGAAGGCACUUAAGCUACUGGUCCACAUGUUUAUUUCUUUAUUUAUAGAAGUAUUUCUAUACCAUCCUCUCUCACCAAAUAUUGUGGCAGUGCACAGCGUUAUAAAACUGUUAAAAAGCCAUUAAAAUCAGUACGGAACCAUCAUUGAAAUGACUGGCUGCUCCAGAAAAUGUUAAACAAUUGCAUAGACCUGUUGGUGCAAAAACGUCUUGCAAGAGUCAAAAGCGAGAGUGCCUGCUGAAUCUCUGCUGCAAGAGUAUUUCAUGGUAUGAGACUGGCGACACUAAAUGGUCGACUUCUGGUUAAGGUGAGUUGGGCCUCUGUAACACGGAAAACUGAGGCUCCAAUACUUUGGCCACCUCAUGAGAAGAGAAGACUCCCUGGAAAAGACCCUGAUGCUGGGAAAGAUGGAGGGCACAAGGAGAAGGGGACGACAGAGGACAAGAUGGUUGGACAGUGUUCUCGAAGCUACAAACAAGAGUCUGACCAAACUGCGGGAGGCAGUGGAAGACAGGAGUGCCUGGCGUGCUCUGGUCCAUGGGGUCACGAAGAGUCGGACACGACUAAAUGACUAAACAACAACAACAACACGGAAAACAACUAACAGUGCUCCUUGGGGUGAUUUCAGGGCUCAGGCAGUCCUUAAGCACUCCUGGACGCAAGUUGUUCAGGGAUUUGUAUAUCAGCACAUGAGCCUUGAACCUGGGCCAGUAACGUAGGGGCAGCCAGUGUAGAUGUUUGAGCAGAGGGGUCAAAUAAUUGUAGAGUUGGAAGGGACCCUGAGGAUCAUCUACUCCAGGGGUCAGCAAACUUUUUCAGCAGGGGGCCGGUCCACAUUCCCUCAGACCUUGUGGGGGGCCGGACUAUAUUUUGAAGAGAGAAAAAAGAACAAAUUCCUAUGCCCCACAAAUAACCCAGAGAUGUAUUUUAAAUAAAAGGACACAUUCUACUCAUGUAAAAACACCAGGCAGGCCCCACAAAUAACCCAGAGGUGCAUCUUAAAUAAAAGGACACAUUCUACUCAUGUAAAAAUACGCUGAUUCCUGGACCGUCCACAGGCCGGAUUUAGAAGACAGUUGGGCUGGAUCCGGCCCCCGGUCCAUAGUUUGCCUACCCAUGAUCUAGUCCAACCCCCUGCUAGGCAAGAAUAUGCAGCUGUCCCAUUCGAGGAUCAGACCUGCAACCUCGAGGUGUUAUCAGCACCACACUCUAACCAACUGGUUGUCACAUGCUGUCGGCCAUCUUCCCCCAUCAGCAAUCUAGCCGCUGCGUUCUAUACAGCGUUAGAAACUCGGAUAUAUAAGCUAGGUGCCGAAUGGCUCCUUAAACCAGGGUUACAGUCUCGAAACGAAAUGCCUAGUUGCCCUUUGGGGGCCAGACGACUCGAACGUUGUAUUUUUCAAUACGACUUUUUGGUUCCUGAAAUUCAUUCUGAUUGCGCAGAUAAAAUAUAACAGGUAGGAUUCUACAGGAUGCGAUGCUAGUGUGUGAAAACAGUCAGGAUCCAAGGGUGCCCAGGCAUGCACCUCCAGAUGGUGGAGACGGCAGGCUCCAUCCUUGCGCCUGGGCAUCUUAACUUGUUUGCAAGUGGCCUAUAGCCAGGUGCAAAGUGCACCUGGCGAAUUUCAAACACUGGUCCUGUACUAGCUACGGUUUCCAGACCAGUCGCACAAUAGAAUGCAUUGCAGUAAUCUAGUCUUGCUGUUACCCAUGCAGGGACUACAGUGGCUAAGUUAUCCAGAUCCAGACAUUGCUGGAUCAGACAAAGCUGGUAAAAGCUGUUGCAUUGCUCAUCGGAAUGCAGCUAACCAGAAUUAUGCCUGCAUGUGUGAAGGAGUGUCUGUUUGUGGGAUGGGAUAAAUGUGCACAUUAUAAACAUAUUUCCUGGGUCUUUUGACACACAGGCAUGUGUCUCUGGUUGUGGAAGUUGCAUUUCCCAACUUCUAACUCUGUAUGGACUGUUUUGCUGAUCCCAGCAUUGACCUGUGUUCUCUUAAGACUGUAUAAAAUUAAUAUCUUACUGAAAUGGAUUGGAUAGGCAAGGGAAGACUGUCUUCUGGAAGCAAAGAGAAUUCUGUGCAUUACAAUUUGCUGAUACUCUGCAGUUUUUCUGUUUUUGUUUUUUUGCUAAUAAGUGGAAAUACUCUCAGUUGGAAACGUAGCUAUUUAUACCUCCUUGCAAUUCUUGGUCACUUUGGGCUUUAAAAAGACUUUUUAAAACUAUAUUAAGUUAUGGGGUCAUUGUUGAAGUUUUAAAAACGAAAUAAAAUUGGGAGAUCUUAAUUGGAUCCAAAUGAGCCUUUUAAAAAAAAUAUUAUCUGAAUUUUCCCCUGUCCUCUCUCCAAGGAGUUAUGGGCAGUGUGUAGGUUUUUUCUUCCCUGUUGCAUCUGCCACCAUUUAUUUAUUUCUUAAAUUUGUAGCUUGCCUUUCCUGCAAGGAGCUUAAGGAGGCAUAUAUGGGUCUUCCUCUCUCACAUUUCAGCCUUGCGGCAACCUCACAACAACCGUUGGAUUGUAGAGUUGUAAGUGGCACGGAAGGACAUCUAAGCCAAACCUCCGAAUUUGCAGGAGACUCAACGGAGUAUCUCUAACAAGAGGCCAUCUAGGCUCUGCUUAAAUUUGUCUCCACCUAAGGAGAGCCUGCCUCCUUCCAAAGUGAACUAUCCGAACAGCUCUCUUAGGAAGCAGCUCCUAAUGUUUACCCCACAAUCUGUUCCCUUGCAACGACCAUCCGCUGGUUGUGGUCCUGCCGUCUGCCGCAAUGGCAAACAGGUCUGCUCCAUUUUCUGUGUAGCAUCUUUUCAGAUACAGUGGUACCUCGGGUUACAGAUGCUUCAGGUUACUGAUGCUUCAGGUUACAGGCUCCGCUAACCCAGAAAUAGUACCUCGGGUUAAGAACUUUGCUUCAGGAUGAGAACGGAAAUCGCAUGGCAGCAGCAUGGCAUCAGCGGGAGACCCCAUUAGCUAAAGUGGUACCUCAGGUUAAGAACAGUUUCAGGUUAAGAACGGACCUCCAGAACGAAUUAAGUUCUUAGCCCGAGGUACCACUGUACUCAAAGACAACUAUCAUGUCAGUCUUCUGUUCCCCAGGCUGAGCACACCCAGCCUUUUCCGUUGUUUCUCCCAGGACUCGUUUUCCAAAACUGUUCACCAUCCUGACCUCCCUCCUCUUGGUGAACAUUCUGCUUAAAAAAGAAUUGGGCAGAGUAGUCCUGAAGUGGUCCAGCCAGUGCAUUUCAUUUCAUUUUUUCAUUUCACUUUUAAUUCUCAUAUCGCCUUUCUAUAUUACUAUACGCAGGGCGGUUUACAAGCCGAAGAAGCAACAAAGACCGCACACACCUUAUAGCAAUCUGAUCCAAUACCAAAAUGUCAAAAUAAAAACUUUAAAGAGCUUAUAUCAAAUAAUGUAAUAUUCACUAAUCCAUUAUAAUAUAACAGAACACGAUAAAAUUAAAUACCAACAAAUAAUAAUUAAACAGAAAUUCACUCUUAACAGGUACAAUAAUUUCUAAACUAUAAUCAAUAAAAAUAACAGCAAGUCACAGUGUCUAAAAUAACACAGUACAAAUGGAGAAACAAAGACACACAACUUAUAAAAUUAUUUUUAUACUCCUCCUCUCUUCCCAGCUGCUUCUGCAGUUCCUAAAGUCAUGGUCUGGGAAAGGCUCCUAGGGCUGCAAGGUGGGCAAGGCAGGUGGAAAAAGCCAUUAUGCAGAAUAGAUUGGAACUGUUAGUCCAGUGAUCUGGACGUGGGGCUCCUGUAAAUACAACCUGAGAUUGCUUAACUUUUUGAGUAGCCACAUCGCAGUGCCUGCUCAUGUCCUGCUUGUGAUCCACUAAGACACCUUAUUCCUGUCCUAUACUUCAAUCUCUUUUACAUUUAUCUCUGGUGAAACAUUUAUCUUUUGGUGUUCCAGCCUCUCAGUGUUCCAGCCUCUCAAGAUGAUUUUGAAUAUUGAUUCUGGGCCCAUCCAGACUUCUGUUUUGUUGUGGAUGUAUAAAGCAACAUAUGUUUGAUUCAUUAAUAGCACGUUUGAAGUGGAUUUAAACUGGACUGUCCACACAUCUCCCCAGUUUAUAAGUUGCUGUGCUUCCUUAAUGAUCCUGCCUUAAUGCACUCACACUUUUGCUCUGUCUAUGUUCCUGCCAUCCCCAAUUCACUCCUUUCCCCCUUGAACACAAGUUGAUGACACCAUGCCACCAUAUUUCCAAAUUUUUAUUUUUUGGUUGCAAUUGCUGUGCCAACCAUGCUCGGUUGCAGGAAAAGCAAGCAAGCAAGCAAGCAAGCAAACAAACAAACAGGAAUGCCAGCAGAUGACAUCAACAGGAAGUAUGUAGGAAUGGCUUAAGAUUCUCUCGCCUGUCGCCUUUUUUUGAGUGUGAGUUAGUUGCGCUAUGACGCCAUACUGCCAGGUUCUUACGUUCAGGCUGUGAUAAACCAUCAUUUCUUUCCAUCCCCUAGUCGGCCUGGGUGACGUUUUGAUACAUUGCCUGAAAGCGGUUUGAAUUUGAAAUCGUGAGCGCGAUUUUAGAAUUCACGAUCUGGAAAUGUAACGAGAAUCUUUGGUGCGCCGCGAUGCCUGACUGGCAGCCUGCAAAGGCAGCUUGCGCAUCCCGAGCCUGAAAGUUCAGGUGAGCAGAGUGGGUUAGGUGCGAGAGCCGAGUUUCCGUUUACCUGCCAGGGAAAAAUACAAAUAGCGCUGGUCCAAGGAAUCUCCAAGGGACGCGGGUGGCGCUGUGGGUUAAACCACAGAGCCUAGGGCUUGCCGAUCAGAAGGUUGGCGGUUCGAAUCCCCGCAACAGGGUGAGCUCCCGUUGCUCGGUCCCUGCUCCUGCCAACCUAGCAGUUCGAAAACAGGUCAAAGUGCAAGUAGAUAAAUAGGUACCGCUCCGGCGGGAAGGUAAACGGUGUUUCCGUGCGCUGCUCUGGUUCGCCAGAAGCGGCUUAGUCAUGCCGGCCACAUGACCCGGAAGCUGUACGCCGGCUCCAUCGGCCAGUAAAGCGAGAUGAGUGCCGCAACCCCAGAGUCGGUCAUGACUGGACCUAAUGGUCAGGGGUCCCUUUACCUUGACCUUUCUGUGUGUGAGAGAAAAGGGGCAAUGAUACCUCUUCUGGGAUGAAUCCUGCAAUGUGAUACAUGCAUUCAGCAUAAUCAAUGAACGUAGAAUGCUUUCCCCCCUUUAUAACUAUUUCCCCCCCUCACACGCAGAUUUACUUGACCCCAAACUGCUGCGAUUGCAACUGGACUGUUAUACAUAUCAGGGAGCUAGCGCAAUGCAGUCGUCCAGUCAGGGACAGCCUGUUUGGAGCGCCCUCCAGAUGCUGCUGCACUACAACUCCCAUCAUCCCUUGCCUUUGUCCAUGCUACUUGGGACUGCUGGGAGUUGGAGUCCAACAAUGUUUCGGGUGGUGCUACGCUGACCACCCCUGGGUUAGAGUGCUGGGCUUGGACCAGAAAGAUCUGGGACCAAGUCCUUACUCAGCCACAAAGGCCACUAGGUGAGCUUGGACCGGUCUCUCUCUCUCUCUUAGUCUCACCUACCUCACAGGGUUGUUGUGAAGAUAAAUUGGAAUGGCGGGGGCACACACCACGUAUUUUGCCUUGAGCUCCUCGGAAGAAAGGCAGACUAUGAAGUGUAGUGAAGCGACAUUUUCAAAAAGAGAUGAUGUCUACGUGGACGUCAGCCCCUUUGAAUCCAGCGGGGCUUAGUGGUCAUCCACACUUUAUUUUUCCUGCUGCUUUCUCCCAGGCAAACGUGUUUUUGCUGGGUUUUUUUCCUGAUUUAGUGCUAAAGAGCUGGUUUUCCAGGGGAAAGCAGUGGAGGAAAGGCAGAGCUGCUCAGAUCUGUGGCCAGAAAGCACGGGGCAAGCAGCAAACCGCUCAGACCCACGGGACCAAGAGGAAGUGUGGGCGAGCCCUCACUCCCAGGUCAGUGGAUCUAGUGGAUAGCAGCAGAAGAUCUCUUGAACUGGGCAGCAAUCCCGCUGCUGUUCUUCUCAUAAGGCAGAGGCGGGCAAGGGGCAGCCGGGGGAAGCUAAGCCAGAGGGAACAGAAGUUUGCCUAUGAGCGUGGAGUGAGUUCAUGGGAGAAGGAAGUUUGGAACCAGGGACUUCAUUCAGUCACUCCCAAAAGCAAGAAUCAGCUGAAUUAAUUGGAGGAGGAGGAGGCAGGCUCCAAAUGGUGACUCAUCCAGCGUGGACUCCUCAGAGGGUGGUUAGCUCUUACUCUUGCACACUCUAAAAUCAUAACCUCUUUUUUUUGUGUGUGUGUGUGUACCUAGUUUAUUUCAGAGGUCAAAAGUCCCCACUCCACUCCCCGCAAUCCCACGAGGUGGGAAACACCAGUUUAUGGGCACAUCCCUAUGGUUGUAAGAGUGAGAGGGGCAGCAGAUCUGUGUCCUGCCUCUGUAUUUUUGCUCCAUCAAAGGAAGCAGAAGCCUUUGAGAUAUACACACACACACACACACACACACACACACACACACACAGUGGUACCUUGGGUUACAUACGCUUCAGGUUACGUACGCUUCAGGUUACAGACUCCGCUAACCCAGAAAUAGUACCUCGGGUUAAGAACUUUGCUUCAGGCUGAGAACAGAAAUCUGGCGGCGUGGCAGCAGCGGGAGGCCCCAUUAACUAAAGUGGUGCUUCAGGUUAAGAACAGUUUCAGGUUAAGAACAGACCUCUGGAACGAAUUAAGUACUUAACCCGAGGUACCACUGUACACACAGUGGUACCUCGGGAUGUGAAUGGGAUCUGUUCCGGAGCCCCGUUCGCAUCCCGAAGCGAACGCAACGCACAUCUGCACGUGCACGGGUCAUGUUUCGCUACUUCCACGCAUGCGCGUGAUGUCAUUUUGACUGUCUGCGCAUGUGCGCGGGGCAAAACCCGGAAGUAACGCGCUCCGUUACUUCCGGGUCGCCACAGAGCGCAACCCGAAAAUACUUAACUUGAAGCACAUUUAUCCCGAGGUAUGGCUGUAUUUGUAAAGCAGAAUUGGACCUAUGCAGCCUAUUAAGUGCAACUUAGACUGUAUAAUCAUAAAAUUGGAAGGGGCCAAAAGAGGGUCUAACUCCCUGCAAUCCAGGAAUCCUUUUGCCUGAUGUGAGGCUCAAACUCACAACCCUGAUAUUAAGAGUCUCAUUCUCUACUGACGGAGGAACAAGUUGGGGCUUCUUCUUCCUCCUGUCAAAGGAUUUGGCAUUUGGGAUGGGUGGGACGGCUGUAUCCCCCACUCAGCAGAUGUCCAGGGGUCCAGUUUGCUGCCUGGCGCUCUGAUGGUGCCUCUCCUUGCCUCCCCCCAUGUCUCCAAACCUUGCUGUACCAUUCUGACAUAAAUUCCUACCUUUCUCUCUCUCUCUCCCACUCCUCUUGGUGCCACCCAGACAACGUGGUUAUUGGAAGGUGCAUAAAUACUGUUAAUAAAAUAAAUCAUGGGUAGGAGGCGCCCUCCACAGUCGACCUUUCUUCCGCUCAAGCUGACGGCGCUGGGCGGCAACAGAACUACUUUUAUUAUCUUCUAAUCUAAGUCCAGGACAGAAGAAUGCCUGUGUGUUUUCAGGGCGGCAAAGGUGUUUGCAGACCACCUGCCGCACUUGCAAUGUUAGGUCUUCUUUUCACCCUCCCUGUUGGCAGGACUAGCAUUCAGACACCUCACGGUCUGUUCUUCAGCUCAGAAAGCAUCUUCAAAUUGGUGGGGGGUAACGCUGUUCAUUGAUUCUCCAUAUGUAGAAUCUGGCAUGUGUGUUACUGAGAUUCUCUCCUCUCCUCUCUCUCUCUCUCUCUCUCUCUCUCUCUUUCUUCCUUUGUAAAGCAAACAUCAAACCUCCACAAAGUUUGAAAAUAAGCAGUCACUGGCCACGUUGCCACAUAAGGCUAAGCCAUGGUUUGUUUUAGUCAUGGUUUGUUGAACAAACCAGUCUCACAUAACAAGCGCAGCUGUUUUGCUUGCUAAUUGGUUUCGUUUUGCAUCUACUCUUGCCUUGCACUGAAAUAAACCAGAAUUAAGCCAGGAUGGUGGGUUUCAGAUGUAACAAGAAACCAUGGGAAGCUGAUACCAUAUCCUGGCUUGUUGUUCAUAUUUUAGUUCGUUGGCUGCAGCGAGGUUGGAUGUGCAAACUGCUGUUCAGCCGAACAAACCAUGGCUGAAUUUUAUGUGCAAGACAGAAGUGAUUUCAGAAUUCAAGAGGCAGCACUCCAAACGUAUUAUUGGUUGUCUCCAGACUGUCAGUGUUUUACAGGAGAGAUUCAGUCUGGAAAUCGAGGUUUGUGCCGUUAAAAACGGGUUAAAGUGCUUUGUUGUCCUAGGGCAACAAAUCCACUUUAAAACAAAACAUGCUUUUUGCAGUUAAGAAAGUGAUGGGGAGAUGCACUGAAAAGCACGGGUUGAAUGAAUUACUAACUGGAAGAUGUAUAACCAUACUGCUGUCAGCAAAUUGGAAUGAAUGUUCAUUGUUGUAUAACCCCCCUGCAAACAAAUCAGAACAAAUGUUCAGUAAAGUGUGGACAUAGCCUAGCUUCCAUGUAAGCUUUGUAUAAGCAGAUUAAGAUGAAUGCUCAAUAAGAUGGGUUGCCUGGAGGAGCCCCGCUUUCUUUGUACUUCUCUUCUGCCCAUCUUUCGUGGAAACUCUUCAUUUUAGAAUCAAAUAAUGGUAGUUGGAAGGGACCUGAAGUCCUGCAAUAGAGGAAUCUCAACAUGUGGUCCCCCAUCCAAUCUGAAAUCAUACCAGACCCUGCUUAGCUUUGCAAAAGUGAUAGCUGUUAUAUCGCUGUGCCACUGUAUUCUGAGACAACUUGGUAUUUUGGAUUCAGAAGAAGGCUGGAAAAUAAAGUUCGCUGAUAUAAACCAUAGUGAUCUGCAGACUUUUCAGUGUUUUUAAAUCCUCCUGCAUGGUCCAUGGCCUAGGACCCUCGUACCUAUGGGACCGCCUCUCCCGGUAUGCCCCAGGGAGGACCUUAAGGUCCAUAAAUAUCAACACCCUAGAGAUCUCGGGCCCUAAAGAAGUUAGAUUAGCUUCAACCAGAGCCAGGGCCUUUUCAACACUGGCUCCAGCCUGGUGGAACACUCUGUCUCAUGAGACCAGGGCCCUGCAGGAUCUGAUUUCUUUCUGCAGGGCCUGUAAGAGAGAGUUGUUCCGCCUGGCCUUUGGCUUGGAGCCAGUUUGAUUCCCUCCCCCUCUUUAUUUUUCCUUCUCCUCCUGUGAUGAGGCUGCAUUUUAAUAUUUUAAUCUUUCAAUAUUUUAAUGUUGUAUUUUAAUCUUGUUUUUUAAGUGGUAUUCGUUCAAUUUGUUUUUAUUAUUGCUUGUUAGCCGCCCUGAGCCCAGCCUUGGCUGGGGAGGGUGGGGUAUAAAUAAAAAUUCUUAUUCUUAUUCUUAUUAUUAAGUAGAGGGUUACCCUCUGAAGGAUGCGUUUCAGAGGAAGUGUUAACAUGGUCACUGGAGUCCAAACACAAUCAGGCAGGCUAGCAGCCAGAUUUCAGAUUUUGAAGUUAGGCUGGGGAUGACCACUGAGAGUUGAAGGCAGCGUUAAAGAGGGAUUGUAGCUCCUGUGUACAGACAUGACGCUUUCAUCUCGGGUGGAUAACAUUUUGGAAGGUUUUGUUUCUAAAAGGUGUUUGAGGCUGCUGCCAGAGGAGGCACAUAAAACAAUAUCACUAUGUCCCUUUCUCUUUCUUUUGAUUAUGCUUCCAAACAGUUAAUGCCUUCUAUCACCUGUCGAAGGUAACACUCCCAUAGGUGGCGGCGAAGCAAAAUGGGUGUAUGUGUGUGUGUAUAGAUAGAUAGUUGUCGUGCACAUCCUGGAAACUGAUGCCUUUCUCAGACCAGUCUCAUAAACGUUAGACUGCCUCCCACUUUAUUUGCUCAUACUUUUGCAAGUGGCUAUUCUUGAUGAAUAGCCUGCCAACCUUGAUGAAUAGCUCCUGCCAACCUAGCAGUUCGAAAGCACGUCAAAGUGUAAGUAGAUAAAUAGGUACCGCUCUGGCGGGAAGGUAAAUGGCCUUUCCGUGUGCUACUCUGGUUGGCCAGAAGCGGCUUAGUCAUGCUGGCCAUGACUUGCACUUUGACGUGCUUUUGAACUGCUAGCUUGGCAGGAGUUUAUCUACUGCACUUUGACGUGCUUUCGAACUGCUAGCUUGGCAGGAGCAGGGACCGAGCAACGGGAGCUCACCCCGUCGCGGGGAUUCGAACCGCCGACCUUUUGAUCGGCAAGUCCUAGGCUCUGUGGUUUAACCCACAGCGCCACCCGCGUCCCUAUGGUUACCAGGCGCAUGCUUAAAUGCAAGGCCGAAUGCUUCCUCCUACAAGCUCAGGGGUGAGAAAUGUGGGGUUAGCCUUAUCAUUACAACAGCAUAUGCAGAGUCCUGCUGGAUCAUGCCAGUGGCCCAUCUAGUCCUGUUCUCAUAGUGACCAACCAGAUACCUCUGGGAAGCUUGCAAGCAGAUAAUGAGUGCAACAGGAUUCAUCCCACUUGUGCCACACCCUCCAGCGUUUCUCCGAUGAAAAUAGGGACGUCCUGUUCAGUAACAAUAACAACAACAACAACAACAAUAAUUUUACUAUUUAUACCCCACCCAUUUGACUGGGUUGGCCCAGCCACACUGGGCAGCUUCUAACAUGGAAGAAAACCCAGAAUAAAACAUUAAACAUCAAAACAACAACUUCCCUAUACAGGGCUGUCUUUAGAUGUCUGCUACAGGUUGUAUAGUUACUUAUCUCCUUGGCUCGGGAGUCUCAUAAUUCCAUAGCCUCCAAAAUUUCUUCGAUGAAAAUAGGGACAUCCUAAGGAAAAGUAGCGGGACGCGGGUGGCGCUGUGGGUUAAACCACAGAGCCUAGGACUUGCAGAUCAGAAGGUUGGCGGUUUGAAUCCCCACGAUGGGGUGAGCUCCCGUUGCUCGGUCCCUGCUCCUGCCAAGCUAGCCGUUCGAAAGCACUUCAGAGUGCAAGUAGAUAAAUAGGUACCGCUCUGGCGGGAAGGUAAACAGCGUUUCCAUGCGCUGCUCUGGUUCGCCAGAAGCGGCUUAGUCAUGCUGGCCACAUGACCCGGAAGCUGUACGCUGGCUUCCUCGGCCAAUAAAGCGAGAUGAGCACCGCAACCCCAGAGUUGGUCAUGACUGGACCUAAUGGUCAGGGGUCCCUUUACCUUUUAAGGAAAAGCAGGACCUUCCGGGAUCAAAUCAGAAACCGGGACGGCUUCUGUAAAUCUGUGCCUGGAAAAUAGUUCUUCUCAGCAACUGGUAUUCAGAAACAUUCUGGUUCCCAAGAGUGGGAGUAAGUUGAGAGACUUGUGUCUUGAGUGAGGCCAUUGAGUGAGUUUCACAAGCCACUCUGCUCUCCCUCUAAAGGGCAGCUUUCAUUAAAUGUAAAAAGGAAAGCCCCCAGCCUACAGGAGUGUCGAGAAAACUUUGGCAAUGUCAUCACCAUCUCUGUUGCUGGAACCUCAAGGAUCUCCAUUUUCCCAUUGAUGUUGAUGGUUAUGCCCAUGUCCCCUACAAAGGUGACUAUCAGUUUCAUUCAUAUGUAUUCUGCUCCUUUCCUCAAAGGGCUCAGGUAGAUUGUGUUAUCUUGUUGGGUUUUCACAACAACACAAGGGUGUAGGUUAAACUUGUCCAAACAGUAACUAGCCACGACCUAGGGCAUUUCAUAGAAUCAUAGAAUCAUAGAGUUGGAAGAGACCACAAGGGCCAUCGAGUCCAACCCCCUGCCAAGCAGGAAACACCAUCAGAGCACUCCUGACAUAUGGUUGUCAAGCCUCUGCUUAAAGACCUCCAAAGAAGGAGACUCCACCACACUCCUUGGCAGCAAAUUCCACUGUCGAACAGCUCUUACUGUCAGGAAGUUCUUCCUAAUGUUUAGGUGGAAUCUUCUUUCUUGUAGUUUGGAUCCAUUGCUCUGUGUCCGCUUCUCUGGAGCAGCAGAAAACAACCUUUCUCCCUCCUCUAUGUGACAUCCUUUUAUAUAUUUGAACAUGGCUAUCAUAUCACCCCUUAACCUCCUCUUCUCCAGGCUAAACAUGCCCAGCUCCCUUAGCCGUUCCUCAUAAGGCAUCGUUUCCAGGCCUUUGACCAUUUUGGUUGCCCUCCUCUGGACACGUUCCAGUUUGUCAGUGUCCUUCUUGAACUGUGGUGCCCAGAACUGGACACAGUACUCCAGGUGAGGUCUGACCAGAGCAGAAUACAGUGGCACUAUUACUUCCCUUGAUCUAGAUGCUAUACUCCUAUUGAUGCAGCCCAGAAUUGCAGAAUUUUAAUGCCUAGGACAGAAAAUCUAAAUAUUCAAAUUGACCACGAUAAGAACAGUAGAUGGGUUUGAUGAGUAUUGAGUCACCUUUGGGGUUUUCUGUCUGGUGACCUUUUGGGUUUUUUGGCGCUUUUGCAGGCUCAGAGCCUGAAGGUUUCGAAAUAUUGUCAUUUGUAUAUCUGUAGGGUUUUGCGGUAUGGCUUUCAUUGUGGGAUAUGGCAGGAGAGAAAUUAAAACAGUUUUCACAGAAUAAGCAUCUGAUAAUUUGCCGCCCUCUAAUGAUGCUGUGGAUUUGGUUUCUGAAGUUGGUGCCAUCUGGUCCUCUAAUUGCUAACCCCAGAGGCGAAAGAUGGGGGUGGAUCAGGUGCACCUGUGGCAAUUGGGCUUGUGAGGGUGGGGGAAGCCAUUUGGGGGGUCAAGGGGUCUUGGCCUCUGACUUUCCACGCCCUCAUUAAAAGUGCCCUUCAGGCACAAUCAGUAACCAACUAGAAGACUAGCACAUCUCAAGCAAGCAUACCUUCUAACCUUGGUGUGUAGAAAUCUGCUUGUACAAUUCAGCCCACUUUAUAGUCUCAAACGUCUGCUAUUGUUUCCGAUUCUAAUAGCACCAGUUGAAAUUGAAAUCCCCUUUUGGUGGGCCAAUGACAAGACACAGAAGUUACUAAACCAGCUAAAUCCCUAACCUAUGCUAGAAUUGGACAGAUCCUUACGGUUUCUGGUCACUUUCGUGUAUUUUUUACUCAGAAUUCUGUCCCAUUUCUGCAUUACUCUGUGCUUUGAAAAUAAUUAGCCUCAAAGUGCAUACUUAGAUGUGCAUUUUCUCAAAUUCCUAUCUGCGCACUUGUCCAAGGUGUGCAUGUAUUGUAUACAAUUUUGGAAAGAUCCAUUUUUAACCCCAGCACCCCUCUGGUGCAACAUUUGAUCAUAUAUCCAUGUGAAGUUACUUUGACCAUCAGAUGGUAGGAAAACCAGAGCCAAAGCCAUCCUCUUAUGCAAGAGACCCCCUGCUCACGGACUUAAGAGCAAUGAUGUACUUGCAUCUGGAAAUACGAUCAACAUCUUUCUAUGUAGCCAUUUCUAAUGCCACAUUUUUCUUCUUCUUCUUGAAGAUAAGGCUAUAACUUAAGCUGCUUUUAAAACCAGACGGCAGAUUCUUUGCAUUAGGGACAUAUUUAAUGCAAUGCACCCGGUGGAGCAGAGUUGUGCCUGACUUUCAUAAAAUCCAAAGGCUAGACAGGGACCAAAAAGACUCUUAACUGAUUCCCUUGCUUGAUCUCCUUUCCCUUGAUCUAGCCGCCCUGCUCUCCUUGUGCAGUUAUGGCCGAAGUUUCCCGCAAGCAGGGAGCAGGUGCCUUGUGCAAGAGGUACCCAAAGAAUACAAAGCAAUAGCUCCUGAUGACGCAAGAAAGAUGGCCAAGUCAUCUUGGAGCAAAACAGACAACUCAAGUUGCUGUUCAUUAGGUUAAAUCAGGGUUUCCACAAGUUGGGUAUCUAGCUAUUUUUGGACUACAGUUUCCACCAUCCCUGACCACUGGUCCUGCUAGCUUGGGAUGAUGGGAGUUGUAGUCCAAAAACAGUUGGACGCCCAAGUUGGCGAAACCCUGGGUUAAACGUUGGCAGUGUAAUUUCCUUCUCUCUCUCUCUCUCUCUCUCUCUCUCUCUCUCUCUCUCUUUUUUGGCAGAGCUUCCUUUUCGAGGAUAGACAGCCAUUAACCAUGAUUAUGACUAUUUAGCUACAGAUAACAGACAUGUCUAUGCAAGAAAGGCUUGCAAUCUAAUAGAAAUGACUCAAAAGGAGGAGGAAUGAUAGAGGGAAGGAGGCGGCUCAAUGGAACAUCCAGGUUGAGAGGCAGCAUACUUCUAGAUCAGGGUUUCCCAAACUUGGGUCUCCAGCUGUUGUUGGACCACAACUCCCAUCAUCCCUAGCUAGCUGGACCAGUGGUCAGGAAUGAUGGGAAUUGUAGUCCAACAACAGCUGAAGACCCAAGUUUGGGAGACCCUGCUCUAGGUGCUGGUGAUAGUCAGCCGUAUUUAUAAUCUUCCCCACAAGCACCCAAGCAGUCCAUGUAGACAACCAAAUGCUCUCAGCAGAUGGACCUUGAUUUCAUCCAGUGCGUUAAGGCUAGCUGCUCCCACACAACUCGCAGGCCGCAAUUUCCGCAUUCCUGAUUUCCAAAAGCAGAUUGGGGAUCCUGAGAAUAGUGUAAAGGAAAACCAGGAAACUGACACCGUGCAUGUGCCCAUGGGGUUUUCUUUUCAAACUCUCUGGCUUCUGUUUAAAGUGGGGAGAUUUGAAGAGCAGAUUUGGGGUUCUGAAAACACAGCUCCUGGAAUGGACAAUCUGUGAAAUGUGUGUGUGUGUAUUGCGUCCCUCUGGAUCAUGGCUGGCCCAAACAAUUCAACAUUGGUUGCCCCUCAUCUCAGGACUUGUGCACACUUCUGCUUGUCCCAGGGGCAUAGCAUGGGGGGGUACCAGGGGUGCCGUGGCCCUGGGCGUACAAUUUUUGUGGGGAUGUGAACCAGGUGCUCCCACGCAGGUAACUCCAGGUGUCCCUCUCCGCCCGCCAAGGGCCAUGUCGGUGGCUGGGCUCCUCCCUGCUUAGGUGGGCAGGCAGCUCAGUGUGGCCCUGCUUUGCUCCAGUGGGCGUGGGGUCGCUCCAGUGGCGAGGGCUGGGCUGGUGCCCCCUGCCCAGGGCAUGUGCACCUGCCCUAGACACCAACAACUGACGCUAUACCGCUUACUUUUCCUACUGCUUUCCCCUAGGGAAAGCCCACUGUUUACCAUUGAAUCCGAGCAAAUGUCAAUUGGGCUUUCCAUGGAUUGACGUUUGCUUCAUCUCAGCAGUAAAAAGUGAGUUUUCCUGGGGGGAACAGCGGGACAAACCAAAAGCAACUCAGAGCCAUGCCUAAAAAGAAUGGGGAAAGCGGAAAACCUAUUGGAUCCAUGCUUUCUAAGCACAGGACAAGCAGACGUGUGGAUGAGCCCUUUUAGAAUGACGUGAUGAAGUACCUUUUUGAUUCCAAAUACAGUGGUACCUUGGUUCUCAAACACCUUGGUACUCAAACAACUUGGAACCCAAACACUCCAAACCCAGAAGUAAGUGUUCCGGUUUGUGAAAUAUUUUUGAAAGCCGAACGUGCUCUGUUUUGAGUAUUACGCUUCUGAUUUGAGUGCCACGCUUCCGUUUUGAGUGUUAAGCUGAGCUCUGUCUGUUGUUGUUAUUUAUUUUUUGUUUUUGUUUUUGUGGCUCUUUUUUUGUUUUGUUCUUGUGACUGUGUGAAUCCCAGAUCAGCUACUGACUGAUUGAGUGUGUGACUGCGGUACAUUGUUUAUUGCUUUCAUUUUAUGGAUCAAUGGUCUCAUUAGAUGGUAAAAUUCAUGCUAAAUUGCUGUUUUAGGGGUUGUUUUUAAAAUUCUGGAACGGAUUAAUCCAUUUUGCAUUACUUUCUAUGGGAAAGCGUGCCUUGGUUUUGGAACGCUUUGGUUUUGGAACAGACUUCCAGAAUGGAUUAAGUUUGAGAACCAAGGUACCACUGUACUAGAAUACUAACACAGUGCACAAGUUGCUGAGAAGGCCUCCUAUGAAGGUCCCUGUGAGAUGAAUGGAUGUGCAAAUGUACAGCAGAGUUGCAGAGCUUAGACAAGGAGACUGUGCUUUGUAUCUUCCCUCGUUUGGAACCUCCAUUAUUGGCAGGUAUGAUAUGCAUUUUGUCUGUAAAACAGACGUGUCUAAAACAGAGAGGGUUAUAAAAUCUAGACAGUAAUACUAGGCAAGCAGUAUAAUAAACCAUGUACAGAGACAGCCAGAUUGGAGAGGUCUUGACAAGUGAGAUCUUUUCUCUAACCAGCCCUUGGAAGUCAUCCUUUUACAUAUCAUGGUUGUUUCUUAUUAAGAAAGCUGCAGAAAUUAUUUUCCUGCUCAGAUUCUUUGAGAUGCAGUUCCUGUUGUGUCUGGUGAAAUGGACCAUAGUUCGCAAAAGCUUGUGCUGUAAUAAAUGUGCAAAUCUUUAAGGUGGCACAAGUCUCUCCUAUUGUUUCUGCUGCAGUGGAAUUCAAAAUAUACGUAAAUACUGAGAAGGGCUAAGAACAGCAGCGUUUGUGGGGUACAAGUUGGAAGAUUUGGGAUGAACAAAAGAAAGUACAGUACUUUUUUCACAUUCUUAAGGCCAAGAUGAAAAACUUAGCCAAAGCAUUUACAGCUUGCAAAGGGAGAGAAACAACAGUGUCAUAUAAAACUGUUUCUUUCUUCAUACAUUUGUAUGCGUACACAGAUGAUGAUGAAAUGAUGGUAUUAUUUAGAUGCUGUCCAUCUGACCGGGUUGCCCCAGCCACUCUGGGCGGCUCCCAACAAAAUAUUAAAAACACAAUAAAGCACACAGCCCUAAGCCUUUCCUCUCCCUCUGAACCCCCAGCGAAAGCUUGGCAUGGCUGCCUGUGUAGAAAGAAAACCUAAUGAGGAAGUUGUGGGAAUGGAAGGGAGGGCAGCACCUCUUACUUCCUAUUCUGUUAUCUCCACCCUGGGAAAACCCUCUUGAGCGAGGCUCUGCCCAUGUUCUUAACACCCUGUUCCUGCAACCUCAGGGUGACCCAGGUGAAUUUUCUGGGCUGCAGCAGAAGCUCACUGUUGUGGCUGGGAAAGAGAUUGUGGGUUCUUCCCCACUUCGCAAGAAAACCUCUGCUGUCAGUUCCUUCAGCUUCAAUCAGAACCCCAGGGCAGCUUUUUGCUAGCCUUGGGGGAUAUCUGAUCACGUAGCUACACAGGAAGCUGCCUUAUAUAUCCAGUCAGACCAGGGAUCUAUCCAGCUCCGUGUCUUCAGUCCCAGGGAUGGAGAACCUGUGUGGCUCUCUGGAUGCUGCUGGACUCCAACUCCCAUCAGCCCCAGGGAUGAAGCUGGGGAUUUGAAAUAUACUUGGAGUCGAGAGUGGAUUUCAUGCUCUUUAUUCAGCUCAUAGUGGUGAGGAGGAAUGGAAGUUCCCCCAGAAUGUCUGCUUUACAUUAUUUACACAAUGGGCCCCAUGUGAUUGGCUAAUUCCAGGAUUCUCCUGAGGGCCAAUCAGGUAGCGGAUUCACUUCCACCUGGAGCUGGAUUGGGGGGUUCCUGUGGACCAAUCAGACUGCUGCAUUCUGAAUCCUAUUGUUCUAGGACCAGACUGCUGCAUUCUGAAUCCUAUUGUUCUAGGACCAAUCAGACUGCUGCAUUCUGAAUCCUAUUGUUCUAGGACCAAUCAGACUGCUGCAUUUUGGAUCCUAUUCCACUCAGUACAUAACAGAAUUGAACCUCUGACCUUUAGUGUACUGAACAUGUGCUUCCCCGCUAAGCUAUGGACCUUUCUCGAGAAGGCAUGCAUGCAGUUUUACAUUCCCUGGUUCAGUGGGAGAAGAGGAAACUGUGGCCUCUUUUGUCUGUUUCUCCCCUCAACCUACCACCUUCUCUACCAGCUCCGCCUCUGCAGCCUACUUGAGACCCUGCUUGUUACAGUAUGCGGGCCAGGCAAGGUAGGCAGGCAGGCAGGUUUGGAGGAAGAAUUGAUGGGGAGAAGCUGUGGCUGCCUCUUUUUCUCCUGUUACAUCAGGGGAUUUAAAAGGCGCUCCUGCUGCACCAAGGUUGUGGCCUGGCAACUGCAGCUGGCUUUCGGGGCCAUUCGAGUUCCCCAGUAGCCCUUGCAUAGCUACAUACCCUCUAACAUGUCUCUGAUGAAAAUAGGGUUGUCCUAUGUGGGUUAAACCACAGAGCCUAGGGCUUGCCGAUCAGAAGGUCGGCGGUUCGAAUUCCCGCAACGGGAUGAGCUCCCGUUGCUCGGUCCCUGCUCUUGACAACCUAGCAGUUCGAAAGCACGUCAAAGUGCAAGUAGAUAAAUAGGUACCGCUCCAGCGGGAAGGUAAACGGCAUUUCCGUGCGCUUCUCUGCUUCACCAGAAGCGGCUUAGUCAUGCUGGCCACAUGACCUGGAAACUGAACGCCGGCUCCCUCGGCCAAUAAAGCGAGAUGAGCACCGCAACCCCAGAGUCGGCCACGACUGGACCUAAUGGUCAGGGGUCCCUUUACAUUUAUUCUGUUGUUGUUAUGUUUAUACCCCACCCAUCUGACUGGUUGCCCCAGCAACUCUGGGCAGGUUCCAACUUAUAUGAAAACGUAAUAAAACAUUAAACAUGGAAAAACUUCCCUAUGCAGGACUGCCUUCAGAUGUCUUCGAAAGGUUGCAUAGUUACUUAUCUCCUUGGCUCGGAGGUUGCAUAACUCCAACAUUUCUGCGAUGAAAAUAGGAGUGUCUUAAGGAAAAGCCGGGACAUUCCAGGAUCAAAGCAGAAACUGGGAUGCCUUCAGUAAAUCCAGGACUGUCCUUGGAAAAUAGGGACACUUGGAAGGUCUUUAACUAUUGAUGGGGAACCCCUUCAGCCAUAUUUCUUUUCCCACCCCUGCAAAUAGCUAAUUAACUGGUGGAAUUAUUAUUUAUCCAAACCGUGUAUGAGCUGCCAUUCCUGCACUCGGAGUGGCGUGCAGCGAGAUAUAAGCUCAUCAGCCAACAAAAGCAGAGAAAGGGCACCGGUCAAGACAAACAAAGCCAGCCAGCUGAGCAAAAGGCCAAAGGGAAGUGACGUUUUUAUGCAGAUGCACACCACCCCUCCAGAAGGCCAGUACUGAGGAAGAAGGACAAACUGCAGGGGGAGUGCAUUUCACAGCCUUCAUUCUCCUGCGGCUAUGAAUUUCCCCGAACUUUUCUCAUUUCCUUUUACUCUUUCACAACAGAUGAGCAGAAUGUAGGCCAGGGCCUGUCACUUAGAGAAGGUGUGAGGGGCCUUUUUUCAAACCAAGGGCCACAUUUCUUCCCAAGCAACCUUCUGGGGGCCAUGUUCCAGUGGCAGGCAGGGCCCCCGGUGAAAGCAGCCUGAGCAGUAGAUGUGAAUGUUAGCUUUAUGUGGUAGGUUAGUUUUUACAUACACUCUUUGCUUGAAAUUAGCCAGGCACCAGGUGCAUUAUCCACCUAGCUAUUGACCACUUGUGACCAAGUGAAGAUGUCUGGGCGCUAGGAUAGAGCCUGACAUCUCCACCAUCUGGAGGUGCAUACCUGGGGAUCGUUGGAUCUGGACUGUAUUCAGACACUAAUACAGUGGUACCUUAGUUCUCAAACGCCUUGGUAUUCAAACAACUUGGAACCCAAACACUGCAAACCCGAAAGUGUUCCGGUUUGCAAACUUUUUGCCAGACAUGCUCUGUUUUGAGUGUUACGCUUCCGAUUUGAAUGGCACACUCCGUUUAGAGUGCCACGCUUCCGUUUAGAGUAUUAUGCUGAGGUCUGUCACUUUUUGCUAUUUAUUUUGUGUUUUUGUGGCUUUUUUUUGUUUGUUUUUGUGACUGUGUGGAACCCAGUUAAGCUAUGGAUUGAUUGAUUGUGUGACUGCAGUACAUUGUUUAUUGCUUUCAUUUUAUGGAUCAGUGGUCUCGUUCGUUAGUAAAAUUCAUGUUAAAUUACUGUUUUAGGGGUUGUUUUUAAAAGUCUGGAACAGAUUAAUCCAUUUUGCAUUGCUUUCUAUGGGAAAGCGUGCCUUGGUUUUGGAACGGACUUCCAGAACGGAUUAAGUUUGAGAACCAAGAUACCACUGUACCCCAUUCUGUAGAAUUCUGUCAGUUAUAUUUUAUCUGCACAAUCGGAAUGAAUUUCUGGAACCAAAAUGAUUUUUCUGUGUAAACUGAGCAGGAGCAGCCACGCUUAAGGAAAAGAGGUCAGAAUAGGCCAAUAUGUAUGUGGACUGUCCCUGGAUCAAGCAACUGUUCUUCUUUAAGUUCUUCACAUUCUUAACUUCCGUAUUUUUCUCUCUAUAAGACGCACCAGACCACAAGACGCACCUAGAUUUGGGAGGAGGAAAACAAGAAAAAAAAUAUUCUGACUCUCAGAAGCCAGAACAGCAAGAGGGAUCGCUGCGCAGUGAAAGCAGCAAUCCCUCUUUCUGUUCUGGCUUCUGGGAUAGCUGCGCAGCCUGCAUUCAUUCCAUAAGACGCACACACAUUUCCCCUUACUUUUUAGGAGGGAAAAAGUGAGUCUUAUAGAGCAAAAAAUACGGUAGCUCAAGGUUGUCAUCUGGACUAGCCUGAGGCUUAACUGAGAAUCACAGUCAGUCCAUCAUUUGAAAGAGACUUGCCUCAAAAGUGGCAACUAGGCAUUCCAUUUUGGCGACCUCAACCUUGGUUUAAGGAGCCAUUUCGCCUUGCUAAUAUAUCUGUGUUUCUAACACUGUUUGUGAGUCCUUUCCUAUCCUCCAGCCAGGCAAGCAAGCAAUAUUAUCAGAGCUUUCAGGUGGGUGCACUCAAUGUGGGUGCAAGACAGGGCUGACGAGGGGGGUGGCUGGGGAUGAUGUGUGGUCUGGGGAGAUUCCCAAGGACCAGGUAGAGAGCCCCCCCAAAAAAACUUAAGAUUCCCCAUUCCUGAUGUAGGGCCAGCUGGUUGCUGGAAUUCUUGCACAGAAUGUUGGACAAGGUGAGCAAGAAGACACACUCAGGAUCACUUAACACAGAUGAGUUAAGAUGCAAACUGUUAAGGGGCCCCAAGUAUGGAUGUUUGCUUUGUGAAUCAUAUCAUCUUAUAGGGCUUCCCAUUAAAACAAAAACAAAAAAGUAGGCCACGUAAGAAUGAGUCAGCCAACCCUCCUGUCUUACAAUAUAUAUGCAUGCAUUUUUGCAAUUCCAGUCCACCCACUGAUUGUUCACAUAUGCUAUAGAAGGAGCCCAAGGUAGCCCUUCUUUUGCAGGGCUUUCGUUGCAAAACACCCUCCUGCGGCGAGGCGUGUGAUGUCAAGCAACUGGUUGCUUGAAUUGCUCUACAGCCCAAUUAUGCCCUCAUGUCCUUCCUGGUUAUUUGCCGAGUUAGGAUAUAAACUGUUUGAACUAUGCAGAGCUUGCUCUGGAGUCCCAGAGGUGCCGCAGCUCAAAACCUGCUUCGAGCGCCUAGCAACUGUGUUGGAAAGCCCUGCCCCAAUGUGUGCGGAAGUUCAAGGGACACAGCGUGGUGGCUGAAGGUUUCGCUUGGCGUCAGAAGCCGAGCCCUGGGAGGAUAUAUGUCAAGGAAUGAGUUGAGCCUCGUAGUCAAGGCGUGGUCUGGACAGGUCAAAGGUCAAAGCCAGGGAACUUGGCGUAUGACUUGUGCUCAUCAGGAGGUUUGGACAGGGCUCUGGGUCUUACGGCAUGCCAAGAUCUGACGCCGGAGGGAAAGCAGUCAAAUUAUAGCGAGUGUGUUUGUGUGUAUGUAUGAGUACCAAGGGGAAACAGGAGAGAGGCUUACCAAAUUAUGUCACGGAGAGAAAUUGAUGGGCUGUCAGUUCAGGACAAAGAGAAGUGCUUCUUCACAUAAUGGAAUUUAUUCCCAUGAGAGAUGAUACCUCUGUUGGUAGAGCACGGGUCUCUUUAUCUCAGGGUUGUGGGUUUGAGCCCCAUGUUGGACAACAAGAUUCCUGUACAGUGGUGCCUCUGGUUAAGAACUUAAUUCGUUCUGGAGGUCCGUUCUUAACUUGAAACUGUUCUUAACCUGAAGCACCACUUUAGCUAAUGGAGCCUCCCACUGCCGCUGCGCCUCCGCCGCGCAAUUUCCGUUCUCAUCCUGAAGCAAAGUUCGUAACCCGAGGUACUAUUUCUGGGUUAGCGGAGUCUGUAACCUGAAGCGUCUGUAACCUGAAGCGUCUGUAACCCGAGGUUCCACUGUAUUGCAGGGGAUUGGACCAGAUGGCCCUUGUCGUCUCUUUCAACUCUGCAAUUCUAUGAUUCAGUGUUGUGGUGCACAGAAGUAUCUGUGCAGGUUGCGGCAAAGUGAGACGAGACUGAUUAAUUCACAGCUGUUAGACGCCAUAGCUAAGAAUGGAACUCCCAUGUGCAAUGGCAAUAUACCUUUAACUGUUGGGGGCAAAUGAGUAGGCUGUCUCUUGUCACGACCUGUGUGUGAGCACCUGGAAACAUCUGGUUGGCUGGCCGCUGUUGGAAAUGUUGCUGAACUUUGUGGACAAAGUAAGGGUGCCCUUCAGUUCACAUCAUGUUGGUAGAGGAAGGUUUGUCGUCUGGAGUGCAUGGCCUGUGUUAUGUACUGAGUGAAUAGGAUCCAAAAUGCAGCAGUCUGAUUGGUCCUAGAACAAUAGGAUUCAGAAUGCAGCAGUCUGAUUGGUCCUAGAGCAAUGCAGCAGUAUGAUUGGUCUGCAGGAGCCACCCAAUCCAGCUCCAGAUGGAAGUGAAUCCACAACCUGAUUGGCCUACAGGAGAAUUCCAGAAUUAGCCAAUCAUGUGCAGCCCAUUGUGUAAAUAAUGUAUAUAAAGCAGAUACUUUGAGGAGACAUUCAUUCCUCCUCACCAGUAGGAGCUGAAUAAAGAGCAUGAAAUCCACUCUCGACUCAGAGUAUAUUUCAGCCUGGAAUGUGGACUGACUGAAGUGUAGAUUAGUUGACCAGGUAUUCAGAGGUGGCUUGGGUGAACAAGGACAGCAGCAUUUGUUAGAUCAAGAUGCUAUCGCAGGGUCGCCGUCGUAGUCCACUGCAGAAAAUUCUGAAGCCCUCUAACUCAGAGGCUCCUAGUUCAGGGUCUUUGUCCUCGGACAAGAUUGCUGUUCAGAAAGCCAGGUACAAAUGCACUCGGUUUGCAGGAAGCUUUUGAGAGGGGCAGAGCUGAGUGCUACAAAUCGAUCUCAUAUUUGGGGACUAUUCAUACCCAUCUUGGUGCGAUGAAUGAACAUCCUCACAAUUUACACUGUACUCAGUUGCCUGACUUAUUACUCCGUUUGCAGCCUUCGGGCUUGGCUUUUGAAUGAGAGCUGUUUUCUCCAGACCUCAGUAGGGCUGAAAUGAGACGCCAGAACCCAGGAAUGUCAUGGUAUCAACCACACCGCACCCUCAUGGCGUCACCGCUGAGGCAUCUUGUGAGAGCCUAUGAUGUCAUUUGCCGUUUCCGCUGCGGGCCAAAAACGCUAAAGAAGACAGCCUGCUCCAGUCUUUCCUCUGUCUCUCUCUCUCUCUCUCUCUCUGAAACAGUCAGAGGCUGUUGUGUGAGAUUGUAGGUCGCUGUCCGUCUGGGUGUGACUCAUCAGAGUGUCAUUACAGGGAGUGAUUUAGCAGAGCAACUUUCAUCCCGGCGGCGUGGGAGCUGUGAUUCAUGUUUCCUUUUCCUUUUCUUUCCCCCCCAAGUUGGUGUAAGCUUGCAUAACCAAAAGUUUGGCUGCUAGAUUCUUAAAGUCAGACAGGACCAUGGAGAUCAUAGAACAGGGUGGUGGUUAGAGUGUCAUGCUCAGAAAUCCCCAUUCAGCCAUGGAGUUCAGUGGAUGACCUUCGACUAGUCACUCUCUCUCAGGUCAACCUAAUUUCCAGGGUUGUGGCAAGGAUAAACUGGUGGUGAUGGUGGGGAGAAUCAGGUAAAUGUCCUUAAGCUUCUUGAAGGAAAUUUGGAAUGUAUGCAUGAUAGCUAAAUAGUUCGGGGAGGGCCAUCAUCUCUAUUCUCUUUGUUUAAAAAAAUAUUUUUUAUUCAUUUUUAAACAGAUUAAUUAUCAUACAUACCACAAAAUUUCACAUCUUAUACAAUCUUUUUGGACUUCCAUCAACACCUCUGAUGAUCCCCCAUUUUUAUCAUUUCUUCCGCAUUUCUUAAAUUCAUAUUGCCUUUAAUUAUCUUAACUAAUGUCUCCCUUUUUAUCCAAUUAUGCAAUAAUUCAAAUUAUUCACCUCACAAAACUUCUUGCGAACCUACAAAUGUAAUCUGGUCGUCACAAUUACUUUUCAAAUAGUCCGUAAAUUUACACCAAUCUUCUGUGAAUCUCUGGUCCCGCUGGUUUCGAAUUCUUCCUGUUAGCUUGUCUAAUUCAGCAUAGUCCAUCAAUUUCAUUCCUCCAAUCUUCUUUCGUCGGUAAUUCUUCUUGUUUCCAUUUUUGUGCCAAUAAUAUUCUUGCUGCCGUCAUUGCAUAUAGAAACAGCUUACAAUCCAUUCUGUUCAUAUCAUCUCCUACAAUGCCCAGUAAAAAUGCUUCUGGUCGUCUUCUCUAUUCUCAUGAGCUCCUUUAUUUUCUAAUCAUGGCCUAGGAGCCAGAGAUAUGUUUUGCUACCCGUAAAUAAAGUUGCUGUCAUUUUGCAGUGCGUGAGGGAUGGCUUUCCAGACAUUGUUGGACUACAACUCCCAUCAUCCUUAGCCAUUGGCCAUGCUGACUUCAGCCAAUUGGAAUUGUGAAGGGCUGCAGCUUCCUCAUUCCUGCAGUGUGAGCAGCAUAUGUUCUCCAGCAAAUGUUCACAGCAGAUACGCGCAAUUUGAUCUACAGUGGUACCUCGGUUUACAAACUUAAUCCCUUCUGGAAGUCCGUUCUUAAACCAAAACCGUUCUUAAACUGAGGCGUGCUUUCCCUUAUGAGGCCUCCUGCUGCCAGUGCCCUUCCACCAUUCGGAUUCCAUUCUUAGACCGAGGUAAAUUUUGCAAACCUGGACACUAUUUCCGGUUUUGCAGAGUUUGUAAACCGAAUUGUUCAAAAACAGGACUGUUCCUAAACCGAGGUACCACUGUAUUUUGUACUUUCUAAAUAGAACAUUUUUGGCUUUAAUAUUCUAUUUCUUUAUUUUUUUAAAAAACACACUUUUAUGCCACCACAUUGUAAAAUAGAUCAAGGCAGUGUACGCUUAACACAUCAUUUAAUAUUACCCAGAUGGGUGGGGUAAAAUAAAUAAAUAAAUAAAUAAAUAAAUAAAUAAAUAAAUAAAUAUUUAUAAAUAUUUAUAUUUAUAAAUAAAUAUUAGUGCAUUUCAGAGGGUCUGUGAGUCUUCCACUGCUUCAAUUAAGGAGCGUUGCCACCAUUUACAUCUGAUGCUUUUCCUGGUUUCCGUGUCACUCCUGUAGAGAAAAACCUCCCAGUUGCUCAUAGUCACCGGCAGAUAGCCUCAGGUGAAAUUCUGUAAUGUGACGUAUCAACCCAAUCAUUCCAUAUUAUCUACCCCUCAACCCUUGGAAGUAUAGAGAAAUAGAUUUUAAGAUCGUGGUUAAUUAUGUGUAUAGAAAGACAGGUAGGUAGGUAGAUAAGUAUAUAUAUAUCUGUAUGUAUCUAUAAAGUAUGUAGAUAUGUAUAAAUAUGUAUGUGGAAAAACAAAGCCCCGAACAAAGGCAUGACAUCUGCUGCUACUGGCAUAUUUUGCUGAACUUUCUCUUUUUAUUUCCCUUUUCUCUCCUGUAAGAGUUCUGCAAAACAGAACUAUUGUACUGGAAUCCAUUCCUAAGGAAAUAACUAUCUGUGACUUGCAGAUGAUGGCAUCUGUUAAUAAUGACCAAAGAGAUCCUUCCAUAUAGAGGGGAGAGGGGUUGUCUCUUUGAUUGUUUUGGUUUUAAAAGAAAGGAUUCCUAAAGGCGUACAACCCUGUAGGAAGACAGUGGGCAAAGAUCUAGAAAUGCACUUCUGAAAGAUCACAUCUGUUCACAGACUGCAUAAAAACUGCAAGGAGGUUGAACUGUGCUUGCAGAUCCACCUUCUUGCAUGGCUGUUGGUCAGUUAAGAAAACUGAUGCACAAGGCCACUUAAAAACCACAUUUCUGUCUUUUGUACAUGCAGGGCAAUAGUGAGGAAGCCCUUAACAGUGGCACGUGUGAAAUUGUUCCUCACUUUAUAAAGGAAAAAAGGAUCACUUGAAGUUAUUCCCCUUAACCAGAUACCUUGAGGUGACUUAAACCUCGUGUUCAGGUUGUCUCCAAUUUUUGACAGUGUGAAGAUGAGUGAAUGACGGCAACGAAAAAAGGUUUUGCUAAAAUUGACCUAAGGUUUCCACUUUUCUUCCUUUCUUUGGAAGCAUCCGGUCCGGGGCACUGAGAAUAUUUGUCUAAUGCAGUCUGGCAUUAUAUUCCCCACGUGAAAGUAAAAAUAGCCCUACUAGGUCAGAAAGUCCUUUUCGGGAAAGACCUCUACCUGAGACCUUGGAGAGGUGCUGCUGGAUAGAAAAGAUAAUUCUCGGCUAGAUAGACCCCCGCAGUAUGGGGCAGCUUCAUUACAAUGCUCAUUUCCAACAUUUCUGCACUGUGCUGACAAGCACAGGGGAGCUUUUUUUGCAAUUUCCCCCUCCCUGCUGGCAAGGGAACAUGCUUUGGACUCGACCAUAGUUAAACCUAAAACUUCUCAAGAGAGGGGUGAACAGCUAGCUCCCAAAAGCCAGUGUACAGAGAGAGGAAGACAUCAGAAACAUAAGAGCACCACUUCUGGAACAGGCCAAAGGCCCAGGAGAACAUCCUGUGGAAAUCCUACAAGCACUCUCUCCUCUUAUGAUUUCUGGCAGCUGGUAUUCAGAGUUAUAUCGACAGUGGGGGUAGAACAUAGCCAUUGCGACUAGCAGUACCAUUGGCAGACAUCAGAUUGCAACCUCCGAACAUGCAUACCUGGAAAAUGAUGUGAAAGAGGUGGCGGCUGUUGCGUUUCCAUGCUGCUGUCCUGCUGUCCUUUUGCUAAAUCACCUGUUCCCUGUGUUUGCAACCACAUUGUACAGUGGUACCUCAGGUUAAGUUCUUAAUUUGUUCUGGAGGUCCAUUCUUAACCUGAAACUGUUCUUAACCUGAAGCACCACUUUAGCUAAUGGGGCCUCCCGCUGCCGCCGCGCCGCCGCUACACAAUUUCUGUUCUCAUUCUGAAGCAAGUUCGUAACCCGAGGUACUAUUUCUGGGUUAGCGGAGUCUGUAACCUGAAGCGUAUGUAACCUGAAGCGUAUGUAACCCGAGGUACCACUGUACACCGCUUAGCGGCUAUGGUGUUAAGGGGUAUUUAAGCUUCUGAGAUACAUACAUACAUACGAACAACAAAGCAUAUUUGUUAGUCUUUAAGGCAGUGUUUGAAAUUAGCCAGGCACCAGGAGUGUUUUGCUACUGACACAGGUCCAACUGCGACCACAUGGAGAUCUCUGGAUGCCAGAUUAGUGACUGAUAUCUCUGGCUGGCUGGCCUUUCCAGCUUUCUUAAGCAGGUAGGCUUAAGAAGAACUUAUUUAAUGCAUUUAUAUCUCAGCUUUUUCCCCAAGGAAUACAUGGUUCACCUUCCAACUCAGUUAAUCCCUACAACGCCGCUGUGAGGUAGGUUAAGAUGCUGUGACUGGCCCAAUGUCACCCAGUGAGCUUUUUGACUGAGUGGAAAUUUGAACCCUGAUCUCCCAGGUCCUAGCCCAACGCUCUAACCAGUAUACCACAUUGGCUUUCUAGAGUACAGUGGUACCUCUGGUUGCGAACAGGAUCUGUUCCAGAGGCCCAUUUGCAACAUGAAAAGAGCGCAACCUGCAGCGGCGCAUCUGCGCAUGCGCAGGUUGCGACCCACCACUUCUGCACAUGCACGUGAUGUCAUUUUGCGCUUCUGCGCAUGCGCAAGCGGUGAAACCCGGAAGUAACCCUUUCCGGUACUUCCGGAAUGCCGCAGGACGUAACCUGAAAGAAUGUAACAUGAAGCAAACGUAAUAUGAGGUAUGACUGUAUUUCUGCUAUGGGGCAGCUCUAUAGAUGAAGUAGGUAAAUAAAUAUGGGGAAAGCAAAAUGUCACUUAUAGAAGGAUCUGAAAUAUUUUCCUUGAAGCUUGAAUUUGUUUUAUUCUGGAUUGUUUUAUUUGAUGUUAUAAUGUGUUGAGAUUUUUUUCUGUAAAAUAUAAAGUGGUAAACUGUAGAAGUGAAAUUAAUAAUAAUAAUAAUAAUAAUAAUAAUAAUAAUAAUAAUAAUAAUAAUAAAUCCCAUAGCAAAAAAGGCGCCUAGACAUUCCGUUCUGACUGUAACCUAGGUAUAAGGUGCCAUUUGGUGAUUAGCUUAUAUAUCUGAGUUUCUAACACUUCUUUAAGGUGCCACAGGACUCUAUUGUUUUUGCUGCAAGAGACUUAAUUUCUAUAGACAUUGUUAUAUUUAUGCAGUGGCUACAUAAAACGUCCAAUUCUGGUGUCACACUAGCGACACGGAUCAGUUUAAAGAGAAUUCACAGUUAAAGCGCUGAUCCCUACUAUGUUCAGUUGAAGAUAUCAGUGCAAGUCUUCCAGUCCAUGCUGUUUGCCUGUUUACUGCGAAAAGAUGUUCAUUGUGCAGUAAUGUAUCCCACAAAUAAGUAACAUUUCUUUGCAGCUCAAGGCUGAUUCUGGUUCUGGGUUGUGACCUUCCUUGCCAUGUUGGAACAGUGUAUACUAAAGAACACAGAGCCUGGAAAAGCCUUAAGUUUCGGAAACCCUCAAGAUUCUUUUGACACUCGCUUCCAGUAAGGAGUGACAGUGUGGGCUGAGCCCGAGUGUUGGUUUGAGUCAGUAACAUAAGGCAAGGCAGCUCGUUCUAACUUUCCCUUACAUUCCACUAAACCUCCUCUUGGCUAAAAUGCUCUCUCCCAAAGGGGCUAGCUCCCAACCCAUUCAUUCUCGUCUCAGCAUUUUGCAGAUUUUUAUAGUCACAGAAAAUGUCUUGGAAUCUUGCUGGUUUGCAGAAUCUUGCCAUUUUGGCAGAAGGCGCCCGUGGCUGCUGAACAUUAUGUGCAUCAGAAGCCAACAGCUGCUACCAGCUGGUGGAGGGGGGGGGGGAGAGAAAUAAAUGUGGCAGGCGUUAGGACCUGGAGGAUGCCUCCAACUCGAGGCUCAGGCAGUCUUUGUGGCAAAGACUGAGCUGAAAGCAGCAGCUUGUGAAUCACUUCCUCCUUCUGUAGCCAACACCCCCUGCCCUCUUUUUACCUCCUGCGCCUCUUAAAGGCCCCCUCCCUGCCCCAUGCUUCCUCAAGCAGCCCAUCCUCCUUCACUGUUUACCCCUGCCAAUCCCCCACCCCCAACUGCACUAUACUGUAUAAUGAAACCUCAGCAACGAAAAACAUGCUAGCUGUUGAUCAAAUAGUUAUAUGCUUCUUGGGGCUUUUCUUUUCUUUUAAACCAUUAAUGUACAGUUACUGAAUGUUCAGAGAAUCCUGGCAUCUACCAUCAUGGAAAACCCUCCAGUUGGAAAGAAUAUUAAUGUCUCCCCGCUGCUCCCAAGCAUAAUAAUAAUAAUAAUAAUAAUAAUAAAUUUAUUAUUUAUACCCCGCCCAUCUGGCUGGGCUUCCCCAGCCACUCUGGGCGGCUUCCCAAAAAAUAUUAAAAUACUGUAAUACAUCACACAUUAAAAGCUUCCCUAAACAGGGCUGCCUUCAGAUGUCUUCUAAAAGUCUGGUAGUAGUUGUUCUCUUUGACAUCUGGUGGGAGGGCGUUCCACAGGAAGGGCGCCACUACCGAGAAGGCCCUCUGCCUGGUUCCCUGUAACUUGGCUUCUCGCAGGGAGGGAACCGCCAGAAGGCCCUAAGCGCUGGACCUCAGUGUCCGAGUAGAACGAUGGGGGUGGAGACACUCCUUCAGAUAUACUGGACCGAGGCCGUUUUGUAAUAGGGACUCCCCACCCCCAACACACUUCCACCGUGCUCCUCCUAAGUAAGCAUUUUAUUGUUUCAGCCAUUCGGUAUAACAAUGCAAAGCAAUAAAACUUUCGAUAAUAUUUUGACAGUGGCGUAUUAUGAUAACAAAUGCAUUGCCGGCACACAGCGCACAGCGUUGCUUUCUGCACUUUGCUGCUGCAACUGGAAAAGCAACCACAUUCCUUCAAGCAAACUUCUCAUCCUUAAGUAGGAAGCAGACGUCUUCUUUGAAAUGGAUGAGUCCGUAAUUCCAGACAAGCUCCAGUCCUGGUAACUCCUCUCUGACUACACUAAUGAGUGAAUGUUGAGAGCACCCUAUUGGACAGUUCCCAUAACAUCACUGCUGAGGAAUCACAUGUUUCUCCCUACCUCUCUCCCCAGCCACACAGGACAUUUUGCAAUUUUAACAAAUGUAGUAAGAUUUAAGUUUGGGAGGGCUCAUGUAGCCAUUCAGAGUUAAAAACUCCACCAAGGCUAUCAUUUCCUGCUUUUGGCCAGCCAAAAGCCCUUUUCUGUCCUUAUCUUGUCUUGCAUUUUCAUCUUCAUCAUCAUUAUCAUCAUAUUUGUAUGCUGCUUUUCCAUAGAUAAAACCGUGAUCAAAGGCGGCUUACGACAUGAAAAGAUUUACGUAUAAACAUAGGCAUAAACAUUAAACAAAGCACAUCAAAUAAAACACUUCCCUUUGUUCACUUCCCUUCUGCAUUGAAAUAAGAGCACAUUCUGCAGAAUACCAUCUCCUGCACAGUGCAACCCAAUAGGGCAUAUAUGUUUGCCCAAAUGAUGGAAACAUUAUGCAUUAAUGCACCAGUAUGUCUUUUUCAUAUAAAUUUAUUUAUUAUUGUAAUUAUUGGUUGCUUUUGUAAUGGAAAGUGAACCCCAAGCAAUCUACAGUAUAAUAGAAAAAUGAAAACAAAUAUAAAAUGAAAAGAAAAGAAAAACAUAUACAUAAAAAUCUGUCUAACACAUGCCACCCACUAAAGGAGGACACAGUAUCUAAAACUCUCCAGGUUAAGGGCCAAAAACCUGGCUGAAAAUAAAUAUUUUUUGCCUGGUGCUUAAAAGCAGCCAGUGUUGGCCAUGAGUCCCUGGGGAGAGCAUUCCACAAACAGGGAGCCACCACUGAAAAGGCCUGUUCUUGUGUUGCCACUCUUCGCACCUCCCUUAGUCCAUGCGGUCCUGGAAUCCUGAGCCACAUAAGACUUUGUAGGUCAAAACCAGCACUUUGAAUUGAACCUGGAAAUUGAUAGCCAAUGCAGUCAUGCCAGAAUUGGUUUUAUAUGCUGGUUCCAAAUUUUUGCCCUGCAAUCUCCCAUUCCACAGCUUACCCAGGAGAGGAGGCAUCCUUGCUUGAGCUCAUGAUGCCUUGUGGUCAAGAUCAUUAAGGCAAUUCGCUAAGAGCUCCACUUUUCACAGAGAUGCAGAGAUGCUUGCCUGGUCUGUUAUGCAUUUGGAAAUCCAGCUUCAACCAGUUUUUUUAAAAACCCUAAUGUGUUUAAAGCCACAUUAAAGCCAUUCACACAUGCAGAACAGUGUUUCAAGAGAGGCCCGAAGAUGCUUUUAGCAUCACUUUUGGGAAUGGCCCAACUCCAAAUUUCAUUAGUAAGUCAAUCCCACUCUAUGCAUUCUCCAGACACCCCUGCACCCAUCUAUCAUGUUAGACUACUUUCCUCACUGUUGGCUCAAUCCACUGGGAACAGCUCAGUUUUCACCGUUAGCUUUGAAAACACGUGAGCUCACUGUUUGGAAAGUAUAGUGGCUGCAAUCCUGCACAUUUCGUAGGCUUUCUAGACAGGCCUCUGGCCCAAAUAGGCAAACAGAACUGGAGGACAAGGCAGGGAGCGUUAUAGAAAAAGGCUGGUAAUCAUGUCACAAAGCCAACAGACUAGUGAGAAUCAUGGCAGCUGUAGCCUGUCCUUGGGCCUGUUGGCUCCCUUAAAGGUAAAGGUAAAGGGACCCCUGACCAUUAGGUCCAGUCGUGACCGACUCUGGGGUUGCGGCGCUCAUCUCGCUUUAUUGGCCAAGGGAGCUCGGCCAGCAUGACUAAGCUGCUUCUGGCGAACCAGAGCAGCGCACGGAAAUGCCAUUUACCUUCCCGCUGGAGUGGUACCUAUUUAUCUACUUGCACUUUGACGUGCUUUCGAACUGCUAGGUUGGCAGGAGCUCACCCCGUCGCGGGGAUUCGAACUGCUGACCUUCUGAUCGGCAAGUCCUAGGCUCUGUGGUUUAACCCACAGCGCCACCCGCGUCCCCUGUUGGCUCCCUUACCUUGGUCCUUAUGCAGAAUUCAUUUCAGCAGUUCAUUAUACUCCACCAGUGGCAGAAUUGUGAAAGGGUUGAACUUGGAAUCAGCUGUUUUCAGGAGCUUUGGCCCUUGGGGAGCUCCACAAACAGCCUCAGCAUAGCAACAUUAUGCUCCUCAAACAUGCUGGUAAUCAACAGGAUAAAACUGUGAUAUAAAAGUGCCAGCUUUUCCCAAUCACAGGUAGGUAGGUUAAGGCUUCUCCUGCCACCUAAAAGAUCCCUCCCCAUAAUGCUCAUCCCUCAUAGUGUAGCCUGUAAAUGUAUGUCAAGUAUUUCAUGCAUUCAUUCAAAUCACAUUCCUAAAUGUGCCUUAAAAGCAAAAAACUUUGCCAAUGUUUUAAUUACCGGUAAAUUGGAUAAGAGAGAUUCUUCCAGGUGUUCUAUUCUGUUUGUUAGUACUAAUCUAACUGAAGCCAACCUCUUGCAAAACUUUAUUUAACUUUGAAGGAGUCAUGCAAAGAGUUUUUGCCUGACCUUGCUUGACCUUGCAGGUCCUCUCUUGCAGUGCUUCUCUUGUAUAUUUUUCCUGAUUAUUUAUAAUGCUGCUAAUAAGUUGAAUAUAUUCUUGUGCUGUGUUGCACAGAAGCUUUUGAUAGCCACACUUUGGGCUUCUCCAGAUUGGUGUGUUUUAUUGCCGGUGUCUUCUGCAACAUGUUCUUCACACAAUAAUAGCGCAUUAGCGGUGGAGUUAUCCUGAUCCCUGAUGCUAGCACGACACACACAAAAACCCCAGACCAUUUGUGGUAUGAAAAGUUAGGGGAUUUCAGCGGAAGAAGGUACGUGGGGUAUGCACUGAUUUGAAAUGAAGCAGUGUGACCGCCCCAAAACUUUGGCAGACACAAACAGUAUUGAAAGCAAUACUAUCCCAAUACCGUUAUGAACACAAAUAAUAACAAAUGCACAAUAAAAAGGAUGUCUGGAGAGCCCUAAGAUGUCGCAACUCAGAGGUGUCCACCUGUUUGUCAGUUCCGUCGCGAAGCUGGAAGGAAACUGUUGGGAGUUAUUGUAGGUCUGUCUUCACUCUAAUAUAGAGCUGGCUUCACAGGCUUCCACGGGGUAGAGAAUUCCAUUGUGGGGAGCAGAGCACAUCACUGAGAAAACCCUGCAGCUUCUCACCCUCAUUUUGAUGUCAGGUGGCAGUGGAAGUUGAGUAGGGCUUCAUUUGUAUACCUGAGCAAACAGAGCAGGUUCACUAUGGAACUUCCUUUCUUCAGAUUACCUCACAUUUAGCCUGGGCCUUCACUUGUUCAGUCAGUACAAUUUUCCCAGUAUCUCAUUAGGUUUUAUUAUAUAUAUAUAUGUUGUUGUUGUUGUUUAGUCAUUUAGUCAUGUCCAACUCUUCGUGACCCCAUGGACCAGAGCACGCCAGGCACUCCUGUCUUCCACUGCCUCCCGCAGUUUGGUCAAACUCAUGCUGGUAGCUUCGAGAACACUGUCCAACCAUCUCCUCCUCUGUCGUCCCCUUCUGCUUGUGCCCUCCAUCUUUCCCAGCAUCAGGGUCUUUUCCAGGGGGCCUUCUCUUUUCAUACACCCACCCACCCACCCCAUGUUUUUCUGUCUAUAAGAUGCCCCCAUGUAUAAGACGCCCCCUAUUUUUGGGGACUCAGAUUUAAGAAAAUGGGGGCAGAUAUAUCCGUGUAUAAGAUGCCCCCUAAUUUUUGACAUUAUUUUUCAGGAAAAAACCCUAGUCUUAUACACGGGAAAAUACGGUGUGUGUGUGUGUAUUAUUGGUGGUUUUUUUUGUAAAAUUGCAAAAACAAAACUCAAGUGUUAAAUAAUUGGUUUAAAUAAUAGGAGAAAAUAUAUAUAAUAGGAAAGAAUAUAUAUAUAUUGCUGUCACAUAUAGAAUUCCUUGGUUGCCCUUCAAGUCUUUUUACUGGCUAUGUUUAGAUUCCAAGUCCUUUAGGUGCAGACACGUUCCUUGAAUGUCAAUUGUUCCAAGUCACCCUGGAGCCUGGAUAUAGGACAGGCCAUAGGUCUAAAUGAAUACUAAAAUAAGCAUAACUAGGAGCUGCCCUGGAAUUGUGGGUACCCUAAAACGUGCCCAGAGAGGCCUUCCCUGGUGCCCCCCAGGGUUGAAACGAAGCUUGAAAAAAGCGUUGUAGCCAGUAGUUAUGGGGUGCCUGUGACCAUUUCUCCAGUUUGCAAAUGUGCCCACAGGCCCCCCCCAAGGCCGUAAACCCCUGGCGUAAAAUUAGGGGUCCAGAUCCGCGGCCUCCUGCCCUUCUCACGUUUGCCCUCCCAGCGGGUCUGUCUGGUUAGAAGCAUACAAUGGCGUCUACUAGCAACCACACAUUUUUUCCUGCCUUGGAAAAUGGCCGACUGGCUCAGCCUAGGAGGCUAAAGAGGUAGCAUGGUGGUGAGUUUGCCCGGGCUCUGUCGGGCUGUUGCCCAAGCCGGCUCUCCUGUUCCCUCUGGGAGCAAGACAUUGAUGUGCAUAUGACAGAUGGCUUAGGGCAGAGAUUUUAGACGUGGAGGCUUCCUGUACCACAGCUGCCCACCUGAGGAGUCCUGUCCGCCUCCCAAAUUUCCAACCCAGAGGUGAGACGGGAUUGUGUGUGGAUGGGGAGCAUUGCUGUGCCCAUGGGCCUUGUCAACAACCCCUUUGGAGGUGUGGGGAAGUGGGGGCACGGCCUUCAUGCCUCAGAGCAGCCCUCCAGUUGGACUAACCCAUGGGUAGGCAAACUAAGGCCCGGGGGCUGGAUCCGGCCCAAUCGCCUUCUCAGUCCGGCUCACGGACGGUCCAGGAAUCAGCGUGUUUUUACAUGAGUAGAAUGUGUGCUUUUCUUUAAAAUGCAUCUCUGGGUUAUUUGUGGGGCCUGCCUGGUGUUUUUACAUGAUUAGAGUGCUUUUAUUUAAAAUGGGUUAUUUGUGGGGCAUAAGAAUUCGUUCUCUCCCCCCCCAAAAAAAAAUAUAGUCCGGCCCCCCACAAGGUCUGAGGGACAGUGGACUGGCCCCCUGCUGAAAAGUUUGCUGACCCGUGGACCAACUACAGGUCAGGGGCCUGGGCUGGGCUGGCUUUACAAACCACCUCAGUGAACUACAGUUUAUAGCUUCCACUUCUGAGGGACCUCGAGUCUCGACUACCAAGUUUCAAUUUUGACAUAACUGCUUAAAAAAUAAAAGAAAGCAGACCCUAAAACAGUUAUGAUUGUUCUGAUACAACAUUUCUUAUGAAAACAGGCUUGUUGCAAAACAUAUGCCAUACCCUCCAACAUUUCUCUGAUGACAAUAGGGAUGAUGUCCUGUUCCGUAAUAAUAGUUAUUAUAAUCAAAAUAUUAUUUAAACCCCACCUAUCUAACUGGGUUGCCCCAGCAACUCUGGGUGGCUUCCAGCAUACAGUAUAUAAAAACAUUUUUAAAAAUUAAAUCUUUCCCUAUACAGGGCUGACUUCAGAUGUCUUCUAAAGGUGGUAUAGUCACUUAUCUCCUUAGCUUGGAAGUCGCAUAAUUCCAUACCCUCCAAAAUUUCUCUGAAGAAAAUAGGAACGCCCUAAGGAAAAGUGAGGGACGUGGGUGGCGCUGUGGGUUAAACCACAGAGCCUAGGACUUGCUGAUCAGAAGGUCGGCGGUUCGAAUCCCCACGACAGGGUGAGCUCCCGUUGCUCGGUCCCUGCUCGUGCCAAGCUAGCAGUUCGAAAGCACAUCAAGUGCAAGUAGAUAAAUAGGUACCGCUCCGGCGGGAAGGUAAAUGGCGUUUCUGUGCGCUGCUCUGGUUCGCCAGAAGCGGCUUAGUCAUGCUGGCCACAUGACCCGGAAGCUGUACGCCGGCUCCCUUGGCCAAUAAAGCGAGAUGAGAGCCGCAACCCCACAGUCGGCUACGACUGGACCUGAUGGUCAGGGGUCCCUUUACCUUUACCUUUAAGGAAAAGUGGGACAUUCUGGGAUCAAAUCAGAAACCGGGACAUCUUCUGUUAAUCUGCCCCUGGAAAACAGGGACUCUAGGAGGGUCUGCAGUAAACUACAGUUUAUGGCCUCCAUAUAUGGGGGCCUCAAGUCUCAACGCAUACUAAAAAACUACUAAAUUUCAAAUUCGACACAACUGCUUUAAAAAAAAAAGUAAACGACUCUAAAACAGACAUUGUUGCUCUGAGACAAUAUUUCGUCUGCAAACAGGCUUGUUGCAAAAUAUAUGCUUUAUUUAGAUGGUUUGCUUUUAGUUGGUUUUUUGUACCAGUAUAUUUGCAGAAGGAAAAGUUUAUUUUACAUUUCCAUUGUUGUCCUUGAUGUUAGAAUAAUUUUUUGGUAAUGCUAUGAGGCCUCAGUAUGUCUCAAUCUGGCCCUGGGCCUUGGUUUAGAGGCCUGCGGCUGAAGAAUGAGUUCUGUGGGCCUGGUGUUUCUUAGAACCCUUUUGGAUGUUGAUCUGUAUCAACAUAUCUUCACAGUUGAAUGAAUGAAACGUUAUUGUUUAAAGCCAUCCACCACCGCAAUAUAAAUACAGCAAACAAUCAUUCUUGACAUAUUCCACAGAUGACAGAUAUACAAAAGAAAACAGAAAAGUAAUACUCUGCCCUCCCAUAUGAAUCACACAUUAUCCCUCCACAAUAAACUAUAGAAGUGUUAAAAAUACAACGAGCAAGUUGUAUUCUCAGAUCUUCCUUGUGCAUGAAGUGAAAAUGGGAACUGGAGUGAGUGUGACCAUGUCAAAAUAAAAAAGCAAGUGAAGACACAGGAAACUUCCGGUUGUGCCACACUUGACAAUUGUUAGGUCUCAGCCAAAUCGGUCUCAUACCAGCGAGCCUGCAGGGCUAUCCACAGAAGAAUAUCAUUCCAUUUUAAUUCACUAACCUACCUGGAAAAAUGAAAAUGAAAUGUCAGCCCACUGCUUCUCGGGAGUGGUUUACAAAUUGCUGUUAAAAUGUGAAAAGGUGGGAGUUAUCCUCCCCUCUGCCCAGAGCAGCCCUAUGCGCUGUGCUGUGCUCUGUGACUCUUCUGGGCAUGCUUUCUUAUUGAAAGGAGGCAAGCAAGCCUGUAGCAUUAAUUUGCACAAGGAAGCAACAGGCAGCUCUUUCUAUACAGGGCUAAUUCUGAGUCUCUGUAUGCGGAGUUGGUGAACGCUCCUAUCACACCUGCUAGGGCAGAAUUACCCAUUGAAUCAGAGACUGAUUAGAAGGAGCUGAUGGCUGAGAAAUAAACCACGCACGAUUGCAGCAGGCAGCCCUCCUCUGUGGGUGGGCACUCGCAGGAGUCUUUUUAAGUAUUUUAUUUCUGUUUAUUUUUUUGUGGCACACUUACACGCCCGGCACUCAGUUUGGGACUUACUAGAGUAAGCGCAUAUCCACCCACCACGACGAAGUGACGUCUUUAUGUUGCAUUUGCUCAAUGGUUGCUGAAAUCAGCUGGAUAAGGGAAAGGGCCUUGUGCUGGAACAGUUGCAGGUUGACAGGAACCAACAUAUUCUCUAUCAAUAAAACUAGAGGAAGUGGGGAUGUAACGCCGCGUUUUGAUUUGCAGAAGGGAAUUGCCCAAUAGCACAGACCCUGUGGGAGCCAGCAGCUGUCUCAGAUUUCUUUAUUGCUGCCUCCCAGACCUAUUUAGAUUAUUUUCCUAAACCUAGGAGAAGAGUACAUAACUAAACUGAAGUUGCCUGCUAUGUUGUAGCAGGAGAAGUAGAAAUGGAGGGACUGGUUGGAAGGCCAGAAGGUGAAAUGGGGGUUGCCGACAAAGCAGGGGCAAUAAGUAUCCAGAGUGCCCGUUUUUGAAUUUACAAAAUUGUAGGCUCCAGAACUAUCUCUGUGAUUGCAUAGGGCAUUUCUCUUUUGAAUCCAGGUAUUAUUUCAUUCGGGGGGGGGGGGGGAUAAAUACUGAAAAACUAAACCAAGAGUUUCAAUAACAGCCCUGCCAAAUGAGGUUCAUGUGCAGUGUUGUUCCCUAUAUUUCACAUUAGCAACUACGGCAAGGAGAGCGAUUUGUAACAGCUCUGCAGUGUAGUCCACUGAAGAUUGCAGGUUGGGGCAAAAGGUCUGUGUGGAUUAGCCUAAGGGGGAGAGAAUGGCUUACAACAAACCUACAAUUAUUAUAAUACCUCGGUAGCAGUUUGAGGAUUGGGCUGAGGGGCUCAGAGAAUAGCUUGCAAACAACCUUGCAGCGUAGCCCACUGUUAUUGUUACACUAUUGCUGGUUGUGGGGCUGUGCUGAGAGACAGUACAGUGGUACCUCGGGUUAAGUACUUAAUUCGUUCCGGAGGUCCGUUCUUAACCUGAAACUGUUCUUAACCUGAAGCACCACUUUAGCUAAUGGGGCCUCCUGCUGCCGCCACGCCGCUGGAGCACGAUUUCUGUUCUUAUCCUGAAACAAAGUUCUUAACCUGAAGCACUAUUUCUGGGUUAGCAGAGUCUGUAACCUGUAGUGUAUGUAACCUGAAGCGUAUGUAACCUGAGGUACCACUGUAGUUUAUAACAGCUCUGCAGUGUAGCCCACAGUUAAUGUUACAGGUCAGAGCUGGAACUGAGGCUGGUUUCAAUUCUUAAGUCAAACAUCCUCCAUAUUUAUCUAUUUUAGAUAUUUAUAUUCUACUGAAUAUUCAUAAUGUCUAAAAUGUCCUGUAGUUUGCAGCAAUCUGGUUAAAUUGUCCCCUCAGUUUUCCUUCCCAGUCUAAGGGCUCGUUCACACUUCUGCUUGUUCCAUGCCUAGAAAGCAGGAGUCCUAGAGGUUUUCUGCUUGCCCCAUGCUUUCUCGGCAUGGAUCCGAGCAGUUUUGCAUUUGCCCCACAGCUUUCCCCUGGAAAACAUACGCUUUACCACUGAAUCAGAACAAAUGGCAAUUCAAGGAAAACUCAGUUGCCAUUUGGUCUGAUUCAGCAGUAAACUUCAGGUUUUCCUGAGGAAAGUGGCAAGGUAGUUGGAGGUGUGGCGAAGCCCUCAGUUUCAUGCAGAAGCACUGUGCUCAGUUGAUCUGCUUGCAGACAGGUUAAAGGUAAAGGUAAAGGGAUGCAGGUGGCGCUGUGGGUUAAACCACAGAGCCUAGGACUUGCCGAUCAGAAGGUCAGUGGUUCGAAUCCCUGCAACGGGGUGAGCUCCUGUUGCUCAGUCCCUGCUCCUGCCAACCUAGCAGUUCGAAAGCAUGUCAAAGUGCAAGUAGAUAAAUAGGUACCGCUCUGGCAGGAAGGUAAAUGGCGUUUCCGUGCGCUGCUCUGGUUUCUCCAGAAGCGGCUUAGUCAUGCUGGCCACAUGACCCAGAAGCUGUACGCCAGCUCCCUCGGCCAAUAAAGCGAGAUGAGCGCUGCAACCCCAGAGUCGGCCACGACUGGACCUAAUGGUCAGGGGUCCCUUUACCUUUAAAGGUAAAGGUAAAGGGACCCCUGAUUACACUUCAAAAUAUUCAAAUAUUCAAAAUAUUCAAAACAAAACCCCUUUCCUCCACACAAACUAAGAUCCCAGUCUGAAAGAGUAGUGACUCCCAUUUUUGCUGCUACCUGUUCCUUUUUGGGGAGGGUACCCAUUGUCCAUAUGCAGGCACAUUAAAAUGUUGACUUCCUCAAUUGUUUUCUCCAGGCAGCUCUCAAUUCCACAUUGGUGAAGGUGUUGUUUUUUUAAAAAAAGUUGUAUUCCAAACCAUAAAUUCGAAGUAUGCCUCUCUCUUCUGUUUUCACAUCUCUGUGAGCCAGGCACAGCCUUCUGGGACAGCGAGCACAGCACCAAUCAGAUCCUGUGAAGGCACCAGAAAGCGAAGCCAACUUGGCCAUUUUUGGCUGGGAAGGGGGGGGGGAAGCCCAGCAGCAAAGCAAACUGUUCACCUAAUUCGCAAAGCUAUAAAUAAGUAAGCAAGCAAGUUGGCCGGGCCAGGAAAAAAUGACCUUGCCCUCUGCUUUUGUUUUUGGCUAAGCAGCCCGCAAACCUUGACGCAAGACUGGCCCUGCAGCCAGAUCAGUUGAAUUGCCCCCUGCAACUACCUAGGGUAGUGCAAUAAAGAAUAGCUUCCAGGUGCUUCCAGGAAGCCCGCAAAUGCAACAUGAAGUUACUGCCAGCACUCUUGCUUGCCAGUCUACAUGAUAACAGGUAUUCGGAACAAGCUCUCGCUGAACCUGAACAUUGCAUCAAACCUUCACUGCAGAAGAGGGAGUUUUAGGAAGUUUUGCUUGCCAAUUCAGAGUGCUUCUGGGGCAAGAAAAGCUGCACUAGCUGAAAUUCUCUCUUCUGCUAAAGCCAUUAAAGGCACAAGGACCCAAUUUUCUCUUGCUUUUGAUGACGUUAGUUACUUAACUUGGUGUGCUCCUUAACUCCUUUACUCCCAUAUCUAUGGAUGUAUUCACAAUAACAGAUAGCUGCUAGAACUGUUGUGCAGUCCUGCUGCUCUAAGGCUUUUGCUUGGCCAGUGGUAGUUUGGUGUACGAUGGUUGCAUGACCUAGCAGCAGUUGCAUGCUGUUUUCCUUGGACUGCUUGAAUAGUUCAGGAGUAGUAUAUAACUCCUGUUCUGCUGGGAAGAAAUAGCUGUGUGAUUCCCUGCUGUCAUGCCAUCACCCAGUACCUAUUGCCAGGGGCAAUGGAAGAUUGUGCCUGGGAUCAAAGCAGGGGGAGAGAACAAUAAUGUGCUCCUCACUGAAGCAGGGUGGAUAAAAAUCUGUUAAAAAUUACAGUGAUCAGAUUUUUAAAAACUAAACCUGAGAGGUUUAAAUCCCACCCCACCCCACCCCAGUUUAAAGUUGGCAUUUAACCCAGUUGUAUUAACAGUGCAAUCAAAUUCAUUGCACUGGGAGAGGCCGUCAAUACCAUAUAACACUGGUCCUGAAAGACCUACAUUGGCUCCCAGUACAUUUCCGAGCACAAUUCAAAGAGUUGGUGCUGACCUUGAAAGCCCUAAAUGGCUUUGGCCCAUUAUACCUGAAAGAGCGUCUCCACCCCUGUCAUUCAGCCCGGACACUGAGGUCCAGCACCAAGGGCCCUCUAGCCGAUUCCCUCACUGCAAGAAGUGAGGUUACAGGGAACCAGGCAGAGGGCCUUCUCGGUAGUGGCGCCCACCCUGUGGAACACCCUCCCAUCAGAUGUCAAGGAAAUAAACAACUAUCUGACUUUUCGAAGACAUCUGAAGGCAGCCCUGUUUAGGGAAGUUUUGAAUGUUUGAUGUUUUAUCAUGUUUUUAAUAUUCUGUUGGGAGAUGCCCAGAGUGGCUGGGGAAACUCAGCCAGAAGGGCGGGGUAUAAAUAAUUUUGUUGUUGUUGUUGUUAUUUGUUUGUUGUUAUUUGUGUCUACUCAGACAUAUGUACCACUGAAUUGAGCUGGACUUUCUCCCAGGUCGGUGGCCAUAGGACUGCAACCUGAAUAUCUCUUUGUGAUAACGACCUCAUUUAAAAAGAAAUCUGACUUUAACACAAACCAGCGUGUUAAGCAGAGCAAUCCGUACUGGGGCAGAGAACAGAGGGAUGGGCUAGAGCGGAACAGUGAAUCCACUGUCUGCUGCCCUACUGGCUUGUGCUGGUCAGGACAGUCUAUGCCAGCUCCAGGCUGGUGGUAGCAGUCCUGAAGAUCAGGCCCCUUGGGGGGAUUCCCAUGGCUUUAGAUUGCAUGGAUCCCCACCCUGAAAGGCACAUUGGGGCCUUCUGCUGGCUACUGCUUUCCUUCCAUCUGGGUGGUACUGACAUCACCACCACAGGGGAGGUCAGCGGAGAGGCAGCUAUGCGCCGUCCAGCCCCAGCCCCAUCAACAUGGAGGGCGUGCAUGCAUGCGUGCUAGAAUUGCACCGCAAGUCUGCCUUUAAAAACCAAACCCAUGUGUAUGAUGGCCAGAUGCAUUGUUCAGAAGAGGGGAGCUUCAGCAGUUGUAACAUACAUGACAGCUAUUAAAGGUGAAGGAAUCCUAUCAGCUUUUGCAUCUGGCCGCCCUAGAGACAGGUAAACAGAAAUCCAUUCAUUUUCACCAUUGCUCAUAUUGUCUCUAAUCAAUCAAUCAAUCAGUCCAAAGGUGUUUGUUUAUGUGCCUAGAUUGUAUAAAGGUUUUAUUCUGUGUUAAACCAAUUCAUUUUUAUUAUCAUGGUAGUCGUAUAGUAAUUAUUAUGGUACUAUACAUAGCCUUGUUCAGGUAGUAUAACUUGCACAAUAGAAAAAAAAAUUGUUUUAAAUCAGUUGUUCAAAUUGAUACAUUUUUCUUGGUAAUUACAGCAUGGAUCAAAAUCACAUUUAUUUAACUCAUCCACCCUGCGCUGAUACGGUAGGGCAAACAGCGCAGUAUUAAAGUGUUUUGCUGUGGGACUUAUUUCUUCUUCUUUUUUAAAAAAUAAUAAUAUUUAUUAAAAGUUUAAGAAUUAAAGGGGGAAAAAAGAAAAAGAAAAAAUAAACAGUACAAAUCAACACAUUACAGUACAUAUACAUAAAAAAGAAAAGCAUAAAAAACACAAUACAUGCUGUGGGACUUAUUUCUUGAGGACUAUCUCUUGAAAAGUUAGUUGUAAACGCGCCGCAAUAAUAAGGGUGUUUAAAAGUGAUAAAAGUACAUUUUUCUAUCCUUUUAGUGGAUGGUUAACAAGCAGUGGAGGUUGGUUUUGGUCCUUGCUAGUGAAUUCAAAGUAACCAGGGUGCAGCAGUGAAUUAAAAAGAGCCUACAACGUUCUUUUGCAUUGCCCCUGCUGUCCUUGCAUGUGGGUUUCCCCUCCGCUCUGACUUUGCUGGUGCUCCUCUGUCUGUUCCUUUCCGAUCCCAGCUUAGGCCUCUCUCGAGCAUUUAGCAGGCCUGCUGGAUAGCAUAGCAGUUUUGCAAUAUGAAUACCCCACCCAGAAUUGUCCCAGUGGGCAGGGCAGACUCGGUGACUUCAGCAGCACUUAGCAAAUGAAUGAUGGGAACGGAGCGUCUCCAUGCGCAGCCAAACACAUGUGCAUCUUGUCUAGCCCCACACAUGCCCCGGAGCAGAGAAAUGACUUUGAAUGCUCAACAACCCAGUAUUUUAGACUCCUUCCCCUCCUCCUGCAGUCACAAGACCUUGACAGCGGCCUGAGGAACGGGUAAUGUUCUGAGACGCCACAAGGAUCUCUGCGAAGAGAGUUGAGCCGCUGUGGCUUGCUCUAGGAAGCAAGCUCGGAAAGAUAGAAGAAAUAAUACUUAGUUGCUCCUCACGCGUGGAAAAAGGAAAUGAAAUAUGGAAGGAUAUGGAUAAGGUUGCCAAGGUAUAUACAGUAUACCAGACCCUGCUUUUGUAUCAUUAACAGCAGCUUGAUCUGCAGACAUUGGCAGGUUCUAAUGUUUAUCACCGUCCUGUAAAAAGAAGCAGCUGCUUAUUUCUGCAGAACAAGCUUCUGCUAAAGGUGCAGGGAACAGGCCAAGCCAGUUUUUUUUUCCUGGCCAGUUGGCAACUUUAGUCUUCAAGGGACUUUCCAAAUUAUUUUUUUAAAAGAUUUUAUUCAAAAGGCAUAAGGGCAUAUCUUCAUUCCAAACAUUCUUCGGUUUCCAUGCAACUUUAACUAUCUUAGCUUUCCCUAAAGGAUCCUGGAAAUUGUUGUUUGAUGGUGUUCUGAGAAUACUGUUGUCCGUAACCCUAUUUCAUAGAAGUACAAUUCCUAGGAUUGACUGGCAAGAGGAAAUGAGUGUUGAGUUCACUUGUAUGAGCCCCAGUUUACUGCCAAAAGCAUCAUAACACAUUCUUUUUUUUUUAAAGGGGCUGGAACAGGGUAGCAGAAGAGCUUUUUUUUUCUAAGAAAAGAUCAAAAUGGCAUGGGCAGGAGGGGAUGUGUGGCUUAUGCUGAAUUUUGUAAAUGGGACAUUCAGAUACUGUAAGCAAUUUAAAAAAUAAACUUUAUCAGUGUUUUCCUCAAAGGGGUAAAUCUGGAUUAAAUGGGGGGAAUGCAGGCUGGCAUUUUGAUGUCAGUGAUGUGUGGUUGCUGUGAAAAAUUUGCUUGCCUGAGGAGUACCCAUCUCACAAUAAAAACCCACCUGGAAGCACCUUUGGUAUCAGGGAAUAAUGCUGUACAUAGCAAUCACCAUUAAGAAUGGACGUGCUAACUAAAAUAAGUAUUAGAUUUUUGGAGCAAUAGUAAUAAAAAUAAAUUGUUGUUCAGGGUACUGAGAAAGUCUUUUGUUAGUUAAAGAAAAGGAUUGUCUACAAACCCCCCGAGAUGAGAAUGUUCCAACUAAAUUUGCUUGUUGACUGGCGUGAUUGUGACAUCAAAGGUGGCUUGGCCAAUGGUAGAGAGGCAGCUUCCCCUUCCUUUUUGUGCUCUCUUCUCUGAUGGUGGCAGUGUUGGGGGGCUUUUGUUGCAUUCAGGGGUUAAGAUCCAUUGGGAGGGUGGAACUUCUGAUCAUCCUGGAUGAGGAAACCUCCUUACUUCUCCCCAUCAGGGGACUGAAGGCAAUUGAUCAGGGACCUCUUUUGGCCAGGAAGGGUGGUAUGAGGGAGAAGGACUCAAAGCUCCCUGAAGCAAACUUGGCAUAGGCCACCCUGAUCUCACAAAUGCAUGUUGGUUGGUUGAUUUUAAAGUACGGGUGGAAGAAGAGAGGAAGUGCUGGUUAGCCCUUUCAUUUUUGUCCCAAAAACCUCUUUAUCUGAUGCUGUCCAAGACUGGCUGCACCUCAGAGAGCUUAUGCAAAAAGGAGACAAUUGAGCCUUCUGUCUUCUACCAACUCCCUCUCUCUGCAAGGCAUUCUGCACAUGUAUCUCUCAGUUGCAGCUCGCUUUUUUAUAUACCCUAGGAAGUUUAGGAGGAAGUGAAAGAAAGAGCUGAGUGGGGGCGAUUUGGGUUCCACGUUGCUCCUUCCAUGCCCUUGGAAGUCUAGUCCCCUAUUAGCAAGUUUACUAUAUGCUGCCCUAAAUCUUUUUGACCUUUCCCCGCAAUUCAUCUGCACCUUCCCGCAGUCCCAGACCCUCAUUUUGUUCUCUUCCUUUGCCCUGCAGCCUUAUGUCUCAGUGGCCCAGCAGAUGGCACCCCCAAGUCCCAGUGGCAGCAGCAACAACAACAGCAGCAGCAGCAGCAGCGGGCCAGGCGGCGGAGGCGGCGGAGGGGACCAGCUGAGCAAAACAAAUCUCUACAUCCGGGGCCUGCACCCGGGUACCACAGACCAGGACCUUGUCAAGCUGUGCCAACCGUAAGUUACUGGGACGAAGAGACCUGGGAGGGCAGUGUCAUGCUGUAAACGGAAGCUGAAAAGAACCGGGUCAAUAAUUUAUUGCCCUCCCAACCGUCUCCAUGGCAACCUCUCCCCAACCCGAGUGAAAACCCCAGUCUUAGAGAAGAUGCUUUCAUCAGCCCCUCUAAGGCCAGGGUUCUCAAAUGGAGGCAUUAGCAUUUAAGCCGCCCAAAACGUAUUCCCUGCAAGACAGACAUCGGCAGUAAACGGCUUUCAGAGAUUCCUCCUAUGCUUACAAGGGGUGGGGGCUACUAAGUUAGAUCCAGUGGGACCUCAUGGGCCAACAGGAGGGAUUUUAGGAGAAGCAACCACGACAAGAGAUCCAGUAAUAUCACUGCAACUGACAGCACGCUGCAUAGCUCAGCUGGUUAGAGCGUGGUGCUGAUAACACCAAGAUUGCAGGUUCAGUCCCCGUAAGGGACGGCUGCAUCUUCCUGCAUUACAGGGGAUCGGACUAGAUCAUCCUCAGGGUUCCUUCCAGUUCUUCAAUUCUAUGAUUCUGUGUGGAUUAGGAGGAGAAAGGAUCGAAAGGAUCGAGACUUAGGGGUUGAGGGUUGGUUGUGGCCAAAGGAGGUUGCUAUAGGGAAAUCUGCUAAAUCAGUAAGGAAGCCUUAGUUACAGUAGGUCAGGGCAGGCCAGAUCCAGGUCAUGCUUGCUUAUUAGAGCAAACAGAGAAUUAGAGCAAUUCUGCUGCUGCCUACAGAUCUCCCGUUGCCUUUCUGUCUGUGUGUGUUCUCUUCUGGUUUAUUUUCCCUCUUGACUCUCUACACCUUUGCCUCGCCCCUCCCUUCAACUAAACUGGAGCCAAGUCAUCCGUGGAUCGGUUGGCUGGCACUUUGCCUCCUGGCCCAUUGAAGGCGCUCCAUGUGGAGAGGUCAUGGGGCUAGAAGAAGCACAAACUGCUUUUGGCCGUGCCGUUUGCACCUUUCCAAUGAGGCCCAGUCCUUAAAUGCGAGGAAGGCAAACGGGCAGAAUGGAAUCUGUAUCCUGACCUCCAGUCCAGGUUUUACAUUCCCACCAAACCAUCGUGAAGAGGAGCACCUCCAUGCACAACAAGCUAUUUUAACUAUGAUUAUAUAUUUAUUUAGGAUGCGGGUGGCGCUGUGGUCUAAACCACAGGGCCUAGGGCUUGCUGAUCAGAAGGUUGGUGGUUUGAAUCCCCGCAACGGGGUGAGCUCCCAUUGUUCGGUUCCAGCUCCUGCCCACCUAGCAGUUCGAAAGCACGUCAAGUGCAAGUAGAUAAAUAGGUACCGCUCUGGCGGGAAGGUAAAUAGUGUUUCUGUGCCCUGCUCUGGUUCGCCAGAAGCAGCUUAGUCAUGCUGGCCACAUGACCCGGAAGCUGUCUGCAGACAAAUGCCAGCUCCCUCGGCCUACAGAGCGAGAUGAGCGCCGCAACCCCAGAGUCGUCCGCGACUGGGCCUAACGGUCAGGGGUCCCUUUACCUUUAUAACAAAGCCACUCCCUUGCCCCCACCACCCCAAAAUCAGAUUUACUGUGGAAAGGGAAAUGCCAGGAUAACGCACUGAAAAGUGCACUAUAGCAAUUACUUGAUGCAGUGUCACAUAGCCUCCCAGCAAACUCUAUGCAAGCAAAUCAGGAUGAAUGCUCAAUAAGCAGGUUGUCUGGAAGCAACCCAUAUUUGAGACCCUGCAACCCUUGUGGCAUAACAUGCCUCCUAGUGAGCACACCUCCUUGCCCCCGCGAUUGAGGGAGCCGGGGCUGUGCGACGUCAGCAGGCUGUGUGCAGAUGCCGCGGGGGAGGGGGUUGCACUCAAGACAUCAGCACACCCCGCUGAUGUGUUGUGCACAUGCCCCGUGGUUUGCGGCGUGACACAAGCACACCUCUUGGAGUGUGCACAUGGCUGCCAGGGAAUUUUGAGGGGGGCCGGCCCCUUCCUUGAAAUCUUUUUUGGGGCCCUGCCAGAUGGGACGCCUGCCUGCCAGUGGUGACCUUCGGGCAAUCUUGUUACCCAUCACCAAUGCUCCAAGGACAUGUUGUUGUUUAGUCGUUUAGUCAUGUCCGACUCUUCAUGACCCCAUGGACCAGAGCACGCCGGGCACUCCUGUCUUCCACUGCCUCCCGCAGUUUGGUCAAACUCAUGCUGGUAGCUUCGAGGAAACUAUCCAACCAUCUCGUCCUCUGUCGUCCCCUUCUCCUUGAGCCCUCAAUCUUUCCCAACAUCAGGAUCUUUUCCAGGGAGUCUUCUCUUCUCAUGAGGUGGCCAAAGUAUUGGAGCCUCAGCUUCAGGAUCUGUCCUUCCAGUGAGCACUCAGGGCUGAUUUCCUUCAGAAUGGAGAGGUUUGAUCUUCUUGCAGUCCAUGGGACUCUCAAGAGUCUCCUCCAGCACCAUAAUUCAAAAGCAUCAAUUCUUCGGUGAUCAGCCUUCUUUAUGGUCCAGCUCUCACUUCCAUACAUCACUACUGGGAAAACCAUAGCUUUAACUAUACGGACCUUUGUUGGCAAGGUGAUGUCUCUGCUUUAUAAGAUGCUGUCUAGGUUUGUCACUGCUUUCCUCCCAAGAAGCAGGCAUCUUUUAAUUUCGUGACUGCUGUCACCAUCUGCAGUGAUCAUGGAGCCCAAGAAAGUAAAAUCUCUCACUGCCUCCAUUUCUUCCCCUUCUAUUUGCCAGGAGGUGAUGGGACCAGUGGCCAUGAUCUUUGUUUUUUUGACGUUGAGCUUCAGACCAUAUUUUGCGCUCUCCUCUUUCACCCUCAUUAAAAGGUUCUUUAAUUCCUCCUCACUUUUAUAAAUAAGCCCAAUAACAGCUACAGCAAUUCCAGUUGUUCCAGCUUUGCCGUCCUGUUUUGGGGGCUCAGCCGUAGUCUGUCUAAUACCCUAACUCUAAAUGGCAAGAAAUGUCAUUUCUUUGGCUUACCCCUGAUCUCAUGAGUGGCCAUGUGAAGAUAGCUGUACCCCAAGUAAAGAUUAUCGCAAGGGAUUUUGGGAGGCGGUGGCAAUUAGCGGGCCUACUAGUGUGUGCAUUCACUGCAGUUAUGAUGUAUUGACAUAAGGACGCCUUUGUAUUUAUGUUCUCUGCCAUAGCUUGCCCGAUCCCACUUCUCCUUGCCUGGAGAAGACUGAAAUAGGCUAGAGUGCUUAAAGCUAAGUGGCUAGGAGGGGCGGGCAGGGGGCUGUUCCUCUCUUACCUCAGCUCACCCCAGCCUGGAAUGCUGGAUCUGGCCCGAAAGCCACACUUGACAAACACGCCUCCUUCAAAACCAGGAAUCUGCCCGGGCUGAGUGUGAGGGAAGGGAUCUCUGCAAGCUGCUUGUGAGCAGGGGGCGGGGAGGAGAUGGGGAAGGGAAUGGGGCCUAGAGGCUGAAUGCUGGUAGUGGCUUGGAGCUGAGGAUUGUGGGUUGCAUUCCUGGUUUUGCCACUGCCUUGCAUCACUUGCGUGCAGUGCCCUGCCGCCUCUCGGUUCCCACAUCUGCAGAGCAGCAGCCUCCGCCACCACCGCCCUCCCCAAGCCUGAGAUCUCAUCGCUGCAACCACAGCAUUCAUCCUGCUCUUGAAACCCUGCAGCUGGAUUCCCCUGUGUGCUGGCUGGGAGGCGCCAGAACUUGGCUGUUCUUGGCGCCGGUCGGAUUUCCUGGGCUUGUCCUUUCCUGGGCAGGAAAUCCUGCUCAGGGCGAGCAGGAAGCAUUGGUGGGGGGGGGGCGCGGUUUGGGGUUGGAGGGGGCAGCUGGGAUGGACUCUGAAGGGUUCAUUGUUGGGGGGAGGGGAAGGAGUAUUGGACUCAGUCGCCUGUUUUGAGAAAGGCUGACGGGUUAUUGGUGGCUGCGUUCACACUGGGUUUUUGCAAUAGGUUGGAGAUGUUUAAGCGCUGCAGUCCUGUAUACAUUAAGCUGGGAGUAGCACUUUCUAAAUAAGCAUUUUGUGUCUGUAAGGCAGCGACCCAGGGAGAAUCUCCUGCUGAAGUCAGUGGAAGUUACUUCUCAAUAACCAUGCCUAAGACUGGACUGCACCCUCACUUCACAUAACAGUAGUUGGAAGGAAUGCUUCUCUUUGGGAGGAGGGGUCAAGAGGUUCAAAACUUUUCUGGCCAGAGAGGAGUCAACCCCAGCAUUGUUAAAGACAAUUUUCAAUAGCUCCGGGGCUUUCUUAUUCUUGCCUUGGGGCAUGCUGGGAGGAUGGGCAACCCAUUUAAGGGCACUUUUAAUGUUCUGAUUAUUUUAAAGCAGAUCGCUAUAAAGGCAAUUUGCAUGUUUGCACUGGAUAUACAUAAGAGCUACAAUCUGAACUCUGUGUGUUCUAAAUGUCUGUGAUUAUAUCAUGUAACAGUGGGUUUUUUAAUAUCUGGUGAGGGAUUUUAAAAAACCACAGCAGCACCCCCAUGCUUCUACACCAAGGAAAGUCCAAUUUUAAAACCUUGAGUUUUGUUAAUUUGCAUACAUUUAUUCUGCUUUGGCUGGCAACUGUCUUAGGUGUUCCACAUCACUCCUUGUUCCUCCCUCGUAGCAGGCAGAAAAGCAGAAUAAAUUAUGCAAGGUAAUCAUAAUUAAGACGCUUGAAUUUGGCAUUUCCUGGUCUAGAAGUCUCCUUCUCCCUGUUGCCACCUAUUCACUGGGCACGGCUUGUGCUGUGUUGUCACUGGUAGCCUGCCCCAAAGUCAUACAUCACCACAUCCAUCACUUGGUCCAUCUUCGGGGAGUGGGGGGCAAGUGGGCAAGGUAGCUCGUCCGCCCCCCAUGCCAGCAAAGGCAGAGGGAUCAGGUUACGCUUCAGGUUACAUACGCUUCAGGUUACAGACUCCGCUAACCCAGAAAUAGUGCUUCAGGUUAAGAACUUUGCUUCAGGAUGAGAACAGAAAUCGUGCUCCGGCAGCGCACCGGCAGCAGGAGGCCCCAUUAGCUGAAAUGGUGCUUCAGGUUAAGAACAGUUUCAGGUUAAGAAUGGACCUCCGGAACGAAUUAAGGUACCACUGUACACUGCAGUGUUGAAAACCCAACAUCGCCCAGCCCUGCUAGCCAGUAGCAAACCUGUCUGCCAUGUAAAGUGACAUUUGGCCCAUAGUCAGGCCUCUGUCCAGGAGCUGUUGCUUGCCUGACACUUUUCCUGCCCUGAACCACACCUUCAGCAGUUGCACAAUAGGAAUUCUAGUGAUGGGGGAAAGCAUCGCCUACAGAAUGUAUUAAUGUUCUUCGGAUUUCUAGAAGAGGGCAAGGCCUUACCCGGUAGAGACAUGAUUUCUAGGCCGGCUUUUGAGGCCUGUUUAGAAAUGUAGCGCUAUCUCAGAUUUCUCCCCAGGGGAUCGCUCAGGCCUGCACAAACCACUAGACGCUUGGAGCUUAUUGGACUGCUCAGCAGGGAAGGAAGGAAGGAUGUGGCAUAUUUUUGGAUGUUGGUUAUGAACAGCAACGGCAUUAAUUCCACCAUGUUCCUUUGUGCCCCACAGAUAUGGCAAAAUUGUCUCCACCAAGGCCAUCCUGGACAAAACGACCAACAAAUGCAAAGGCAAGUGCAGAUUGGUGGGGCGGUGCGCUGCCAACUGGGUGAGGGGAGCACAGUGCAGCAGCGUUGAGAAGGAAGGGGCGUAUGGCGCUGGAAUCGCAGCUCGGGGCAGAUGGGGUUUUGCUUGCGGUUUUGGAGAGGGAGAGCUCAGAGGCCGGGGUGCUUCACUGCAUCCUUUACCCGAUUGCAUUGAGCGGUUCUGGGACCGAGCCUUCUCCCCAAGAAGAUACCUUUCCCUGCACAAGUUCUCUCAAUCUCAAGGGGUGUGGGUUUGGCAGGGAGGGGGCUCAUAAGGAAAGAGGGGCAAGGGAGAGGAAAGGAUGAGAAUUCGAUUCUGGAGCCAAGUUUCUGGGGGAAGAUUGGUUCUGUCUGGGAGGUGGGGCUGGGUUAUCUGUGUGAGAGGGAGGUGCCACUGGGGGGGGGGUGGGGUAGGGAGUGGAAUUCCUGACAUGCCAGACAUUGCUGAGGGAUGGGAUGGGAUGGGAUGGGAUGGGGGGGGGGAGGGAGCAGCAUCCACUCAGAACAGAGGCUUGGAGAGGGGAAGGGAAAUUGCUCUUCUGACAGUGAGAGGCGGGCUCUCCCUCCCUUGCUUUCCUGCCAAUGUUUGCUAACUAGCCAGGUAACACAAGCGCAGCAUUGCCCGCUCAGAAUUCAUCUGUGGCAUGCUGGAGGGUGUGGCGCUGCAAGGUAAUGAAAAGUGUGCGCAUGUGCGCAUGGUGGGGGGAAGGUCAGGGAAAGGGGUCUACCCCCACCAUAGACGUUGGGGGGUGCCUCUAGGCCAUGCUAACUAGUAGAAAGCUGAGUGGUUCUCUGCAGAGGCUGUUUGUCCACCUUCAAAGCAAGAUACGCAAGGCCUGCCCUCUUAUUUCCAUCUCCUUAAUUUCUGCAGGUUCCUUAAUUUCUUCCAUCUCCUUAAUUUCUGCAGGCUAUGGCUUUGUGGAUUUUGACAGCCCCACAGCGGCCCAGAAGGCAGUGACUGCACUCAAAGCCAGUGGGGUUCAGGCCCAGAUGGCCAAGGUAAGACUUGUGCCCCAGCACCUAUGGGGGAAGAUGCCAGUCCUUCCAUCUCCAGGAUAGAGAGGGAAGACAGGAGGGCAGCCUCUGGGCUGCAGUUCAAAUCCCAGGCCAGCUCCCUACAUAAUGCAGCAAACAUGCACAAUGCAAGCAUGUCUUUUUAAACAUCUGUGUACAUGUGUUUGGGAACUGUGAUUGGGGCAGGCUUCCCAGCUUCCAUAUAUAUAUCGGGUUUUCAAAUGAAUCGUCCACACUGUGUAGCGUCGUAAUACUUGCAUGCAUGCAUGCAACAGACAUAGCUGUCUUGUCUGCUGCCUGAGGGCUCAGCCACACUUCUGCUUCUCCCGGGCCUAGAAAGCAUGGGUCCAAGUGGUUUUCCACUUGUCCCACAUUUUCUAGGCACAGGUCCAGGCUGUUUUGCAACUUUCCCCUGGAAAACAUGCUCUUUGCAGCUGAAUCGGAACAAACCUGCAUCAUUCCUACAUUGCAGCGGGGUUGGACUAGAUGGCCUUUGGGUUACCUUCCAACUCUACAAUUCUAUGAUUCUAUGAAAUAGCAACCUGAUUGCCGUUUAUAGUGGUAAAGAGUGGGUUUUCCCGGAGAAAGUAGCAGGCCAAACGGAGCUUCGGGCGAGCGCUAACUCUCUGUAUGAAAUCAUGGGUCCCCUCUGAUACGCAUAAAUCCUAAGCCUUAAGCUGCCCUGUAAUAUCCCAGUACAGUGGUACCUCAGGUUACAAAUGCUUCAGGUUACAAACACUUCAGGUUACAGACUCCGCUAACCCGGAAGUAGUACCUCGGGUUAAGAACUUUACUUCAAGAUGAGAACAGAAAUUGCAUGGCGGUUGCACGGCAGCAGUGGGAGGCCCCCUUAGCUAAAGUGGUACCUCAGGUUAAGUUAAGAACAGUUUUAGGUUAAGAAUGGACCUCCAGAACGAAUUAAGUCCACAACCAGAGGUACCACUGUAGUGUGUUUCUCGACAGGGCUCUCCAGGGCACAGACUGUGAUCACGGACCAUAUUCUGUGCCUUGCCUCCUUCUUAGGCGUUGAGAGUCUUUGUGAUAUGACGGAGGUUGGGAAACUGCCAGUCUCGUGAACUGAGGCAGGCUGCGAAUUUGGGAAGGGAAGGGGCGGCCUGAAAGGAACGAGUCCCCAGGGACGGGAUGGAUGAUUGCUAGGCAACAGCCUGACUUUCUUGUUUCCAUAGCAACAGGAGCAGGAUCCCACCAACCUCUACCUGUCAAACCUGCCUCUGGGCAUGGACGAGGCUGAAUUGGAGUCGAUGCUGAAGCCCUUUGGACAAGUCAUCUCCACGCGCAUCCUUCGCGACGCCAGCGGUACCAGCCGGGGGGUCGGCUUUGCCAGGUCAGGAGGGUGGGCUUUCUCUGUCUACAGGCAGAUUUCCUUGUGCUCCAGCCCUGGCUGGGGUCUGGCUUCUUAACUCCUGUGAUCUCGCCUCACACAAUGGUGGCAGCUUACGCCAGUAUGCUCCCUGAGGCAGGCGUGUCUGUGCACCUUCCCAUGCAGACAUGUGCUCACUUGUCUCUGUCGCUGCGCCGCUCUGCUUUCACAGAGACCCAGAAAUCACUGGCCACACAGAGGCUGGCAAGCCCACACCUGGCCGAGUCUUGACCCAGACGCCUUUGUCCAAGCGUUUGUUUCCACAAGGGCUUUUGCACAGGGACUUGCUAGGACAAACCCUCCCUUAUGUAUGGAAGGUUUGCAGAUAUGCUGAACAAACACACGCUCCCUCACCUGGGGGAAUGUUUGCAUUUCCACUUAUACGAUGGAUGCCCUAUUCCUAGGGCCUAGUGUGGAUGGUUAUUAUUAUUAUUAUUAAAUCAAAUAAUUUACCAUCCUGUACCCACAGGUCUCAGGGCAGUUCACAACAUGAAGACGCAAUAUAAAAACACAAAAUACAUAAUAAAAAUAAAAAGAGCAACCCAAUAACGCCCCCCUCCCCAACACAUUUUAAAAGGGCAUCUGAUCUUAAUCAGCCAAAGGCCGACUGGUUAAAGGGGAACGUUUUUGCCUCGCACCUAAAGGUGUAUAAUGAAGGCGCCAGCAGAACCUCCCUGGGGAGAGCAUCCCACAAACAGGGAGCCACUGCAGAGAAGGCCCUGUUCUCGUGUUGCCACCCUUUGGAUGUCUCGAGGAGGAGGCACACGAAGAAGGGCCUCAGAAGAUGAUCUCAGGGUCUGGGUAGGUUCAUAUGGAAAGAGGUGGUCCUUGAGGUAUUGCAGUCCUGAGCCGUUUAAGGGUGUAUAGGUCAAAACCAGCACUUUGAAUUGGGCUCAGAAACUAAUUGGUAGCCAGGGCAGUCGGACCAGGAUCGGUGUAAUAUGCUCAAACCGUCUUGCCCCGGAGAGCAAGCUGGCCGCUGAAUUCUGCACUAGCUGAAGUUUCCAAACUGUCUUCAGAGGCAGCCCUACAUAUAACGCAUUGCAGUAAUCUAACCUUGGUCUGUCUGUUUCUUGCUCACUUGGACCACAAGGUUGUCCAAGGCUGCAGUUUUCCUUCUGAGCUGAUCUAGGCAUUAUGUUCAACAAGGGGAUCCACAUCCCUGUGUCUGUUUUCCCACAUACCUGCAGCGGCCAUAUUGUUAAGUGCUGGAGUGGGAAAACUAGAGGUUGCUGGAUUCCAGCUUCCAUUAUCUCUCCAACCAUUGGGCAUGCCAUGGGCUGAGGUUGAUGGGAGUUGGGGCCUAGCAACAUCUAUGGGGCAACAGGUCCCCUUCCCUGGUUUAUUGCAACACGCUGUGUGACUCACAAUACAGUGGUACCUCGGCUUUAGAACUGCCCUGUUUACGAACUACAGUAGUACCUCAGGUUACAUAUGCUUCAGGUUACAUAUGCUUCAGGUUACAGAUGCUUCAGGUUACAGACGUUUCAGGUUACAGACUCCGCUAACCCAGAAAUAGUGCUUCAGGUUAAGAACUUUGCUUCAGGAUGAGAACAGAAAUUGUGCGGCCGCGGCGCAGCAGCAGCAGGAGGCCCCAUUAGCUAAAGUGGUGCUUCAGGUUAAGAACAGUUUCAGGUUAAGAACGGACCUCCGGAAAAAAUUAAGUACUUAACCCGAGGUACCACUGUAUUCAGUUUACGAACUCUGCAAAACCGGAAGUAAUGUCCCGGUUUGCGAACUUUACCUCGGUCUAAGAACGGAAUCCGAACGGUGGAAGGGCACCGUUGGCAGGAGGGCUCAUUAGGGAAAGCACGCCUCAGUUUAAGAAUGGUUUUGGUUUAAGAACGGACUUCCGGAACGUAAACCAAGGUACCACUGUAUUGAGUUUUUCAAUCAAUCCCCUUUCUGCAAAUGCCAAACUCACUACAAGGUAUUUGCCAGGCUGUAGAAGUACUUUUGGGCAGACAAACCCUGGUGGUCUUCAUCUGCUCAGACACAUCUGGGUGGACACAGCCAUCUCAGUUCCCACAUUCCCUGCUUCCUCUACCAGCUGGGACAGCUUCUCCUGUUCUGUCCUACAAUGCCCCCUGCUGCCAGGUUUCCAUUUUACACCAGAUGGGGCCUGGCUCCUCCUCCUCCAACCAGCACCACCUUGCAGCUUUCUCUCACCGUCAACAUACCCAAGGGGGGCACUUUGGAUUGCACCAUUCCCUAAAUUAGAAUUAGGAAUUGUGCCUUAACAAUGGCUACUUUAUUUUCUAGCCGGCUGGUGGCACCAGACGUCAUUGUUCCUGAUGGGAUAGGAGAGAAAUUCGGAUAGUUUUACACCUAAUUCCAAGUUUGCAUCCUCCUCCAGUUUGUCCUAGCCAAAUAUUCUCCUGCGCCCCCUUGUGGCAGGGAAUCAGGAACUGCAAGUCCAGUAGCUCUUAAAAGCUAGAAGGGAAUGUGUGCAGUCGUUACAGCGUAGCAGUGUAUAGACACAUGCCAACUUUGCAGCAGCUCCUUGCAGCCCUGGAUUUGAUGCAUCUGAUUGCCCGGAGAUGAAAGCGAUUCUAGACAGGUCCUCAGUCAACAAAAUGGAAUGAAUCGCAGUAAUUUGGGCUUUACAGGCCUGUUUCAAUCUUAAGUCUUGAGCUCUUGGAUUCAGUUUUAAAGAAAUGUUCAUUGGAAAUGUACCACCUAAAUAACUUUCCCAAGUGGAAUCUGCAAGUAGGGUCCUUAAGAAUCCUGUCUGUGGGUUAGAUUCUGGUAAAGUCACAUAGAAAGCUGAUUCCUGUCUUAACUUUUAUUUACAUAUGUGCUCACUGAAUCACUUUUAACAUGUGAAUCCUGGAGCAGAAAGGAGUUAGAAACUGGUUAUACGAUAGAAGUGUUCUACUUAGGAUUGCUCGCUCACCCCGGGCAGUUUUCCUGACAAGCAGAAAUCCAGCAACUAGAGAUUUCCCAUCUCUACACAUCUCUCUUGGGGGAAAGCAUUACUGUUGAAUUCCUCUCUCACACACAACCAUUACAGGCACAGAAGCCCUAAUGGGAGAAGGUGGGUGACAGCUUUUAACAUCAGAAUGUUCUUCCUGAAGUUUAGUCGGAAUCUCUUUUCUAGUAACCUGAAGCCAUUGGUUCCAGCCCUUCCCACUGGAACAGGAGAAGAAAACAAGCUUGCUCUACCUUCCAUGUGACAGCCCUUGAGAUAUUUAAAAAUGAUUAUCAUAUCUUUUCUCAGUCUCCUUUUUACCAGGCUUAACAUACCCAAGUCCAUCAACUAUUCCUCCAGAUCCUUGAUCAUCCUGGCCACCCUGCUUUGCAAACGUUCCAGCUUGCCAAUAUCUUUCUUAAUUUGUGACACCCAGAACUGGACACAAUACUCCAGGUGUGGUCUGACCAAGGCAGAAUAGAGCAGUACUAUUACUUCUCUAGAUCUGGACACUAGACUAACAGCCUUAGCUCCCCCCACCCUUUUUAUGCCACUGUUGCCUCACAUCUGUAGGAAUCUCAGCGUGACCAGGAGCAGGCAGGCUAUAACUUUGCAAUAAGUGUGGCUCUUCCACUUACACUGACGCCCUCCCCAGCCCAGCAUCACCAAUGGUUUCUUCUCUCUUCUUCCCCAGGAUGGAGUCUACAGAAAAGUGUGAAGCUAUCAUCACGCACUUCAAUGGCAAAUAUAUCAAAACCCCUCCAGGGGUCCCAGGUGAGAAGCACAAUUGGCUAUGAGGGUUGGGUGGUGGUUGGGAGCCUGGCAGCUAAGACUGUCUCAGGAGGAUGUGUGGACUGCUCUUGUGAGGAACAGCGAGGAAGGAUUCUGAGCCAUUUUCUGCAUGCCGCGGAGUCAAGCGAUAAAGCUUUUCCAAUGCUGUAUUGUUUUGAAUAGCAUGGAAUGGAAUGGAAUGGAAUGGAAUGGAAUGGAAUGGAAUGGAAUAGAAUAGAAUUUAUUAUUUAUACCCUGCCCAUCUGGCUGGGUUUCCCCAGCCACUCUGGGCGGCUUCCAACAGAGUAUUAAAAUACAGUGGUCUGUUAAACAUUAAAAGCUUCCCUAAACAGGGCUGCCUUCAGAUGUCUUCUAAAAGUCUGGUAGUUGUUCUUCUCUUUGACAUCUGGUGGGAGGGCGUUCCACAGGGCAGGUGCCACUACUGAGAAGGUCCUCUGCCUGGUUCCCUGUAACUUGGCUUCUCGUAGCAAGGGAACCGCCAGAAGGCCCUCGGCGCUAGACCUCAGUGUCUGGGCAGAACGAUGGGGGUGAAGACACUCCUUCAGGUAUACAGGACCGAGGCCAUUUAGGGCUUUAAAGGUCAGCACCAACACUUUGAAUUGUGCUCGGAAAUGUACUGGGAGCCAAUGUAGGCUUUUCAAGAGACCUACAUUGCAGUGCAGUUGGGAAACUGCAUGUCGUGAUUCCCCCUCACAAAAUGCUCCUUUCCCCUUGCAGCACCUCCAGAUCCAUUGCUUUGCAAAUUUGCUGAUGGCGGCCAGAAGAAGCGCCAGAAUCAGGGCAAAUACGUGCAGAACGGGCGAGCCUGGCCACGGGAGAAUGACACGGUAAGGGAGGGGGCAGCAGGGAAUGGGGGGAGGCUGCAACAGUUGGAGACCAGUCCGUUAGCCACAUGCGGCAGUCAGCCCAGAGCUCAACAACCAUCUCGUAUGAACAUUUUGCUGCAUGUGUGAAACUGCAAAAACAGAGUGAUUGUCACACUCCUGGCUGGCUAUUUUGUGUGGCUGGUGGACGGCCUUUGGUUUAGUGGGCUGGCCAUAGGUUUUGCAGGCUUGGGGAUUAGACAUUCUCUUUAGGACAGGGGUGAGGGACCUCCAGUCCACAGGCCGAACAAAGCCUGCCAGCGCUCCCCAUAUUUUGGAAGCCACGCCCACCUGCCCUGCACCUGAGAUAAUACACGACGUUAGCUGUGGGGCAGGUAAGAGUGGAACUUCAAUUCAGAGCUUAAAGUGAGCUCAUUUUGUUCCUUUGAUGGAGCAAAGUGCGCUCCCACCUCCAUCUGUCAAUGAUGAGAGUGUGCUUUGAUCAAGGAAGGUAAAGCUGUUUCCAUUCAGUGGAAACCGCUCCUCCUUCCCAGUACUGCUCUUUGAAUGUCCAGAAACCAAACAGGCAGUGCUGGGUUGUAUGAAAGCCCUUCACGAGCUCUUUAAGCCUUCAAUUUUUGGAGGUUUAAGGAGUAUCACUGCACUGCUUACAAAGGGCUUUCAAACAGCCCUGUGCUGUGCUUUGAAGUCCCGACAAUUGGGGCUUCAAAGUGCAGGAUUGGUGAACAUUACUAUGAUGCCAGGUAAUUGGCAGGGGGACACCCACCUGCCCCAUUUGGCCUGCCAUGGGUUGGGGAGAUUAGGAUUUGGCACACUGGACAGAAAAGUUUUCCCGCCCCUGCUUUUAGGGUCCUGGCUGGCUGCAGGAGGCUACUUGAGGUGGCAUCAUCAGGGGUUCCACUAAGCAGGGCGAGGCUUGAAACCUGCCCCUAGGAAGGCACAGAAGCAGUUGCUGAUUGGUUGAGCUGGGAUCUUAGUGGGUCAGGAGAAUGGGAGGAGCCACGUAUGAACUGUCUACUAUUUCCAUGCAGGGUGGGAUGACCUUGACCUAUGACCCCACAACGGCACUACAAAAUGGGUAUGUCUUCUGCUUUCCCUGUUUCUUCACAUUGUAACCAAGAAAUAGUUUGGUAGGCAAUCGGGCCAUAGCCUUCAAGGAGACCUGGCAGAGUAAGAUCUGCAUAUGUGUGAGCUUAUGGGAAGGGCUGUACAUUCAGCCUCCUCUGAAGCUGUAUGAAGCAAUUCAACGAUUUCUCCCCAUACCCUCUGCAGGUUCUACACAACACCCUACAGCCUGGCCCCUAACAGGAUGAUUGCCCAGACUGCGCUCUCUCCUUAUCUCCCGUCACCUGUUUCUUCCUACCAGGUAACUUCUCUCUUACUCUUACCCCCAGCUUUGUAUGUAAUCAGCACAGUCCUUGAUUUAAACAUCUACUGUCAUAGAUCUGUUUUGGGCCUACGAGUGUGAGCUGCAAAUCUGGAAGCCUUUGCUUCAAAUCUCACCUCAGCCACUUAUCUCACAGCCCUUUCCCUAUCAGUGAUAUGGGGAUAAUAAGACUGGUCGACUUUUAAGAGCUUUUUCAAGAAUUACUAAGUGAAAUGUGUUACUGAUAAUUAUCUACUUCUAUUACUCUCUGUAGGUUCACAGCCCGUCAUGGAUGCACCAUCAGUCAUACCUCAUGCCGCCCACGGUGAGACCCCUUCCUCCCAUAAUAUCCACCUGGAGUUCUUGUCUAAGGGCAUUUUAUUUGCAAGUAACACCCUUUCUGUUUGGAACAUAAACUUACUUGGAUGCAGAAUGCAGAGCAGAAGAGCCAGUUUAAAAUCAAACGUUCGUGAAGUUUGUAUUUUGCAAAUGCAGGAGAUGCAAAAAGCAUCGCAUGAGAGAGCAACCUAAAGCUUGAGGCCCUUGUCCAGUUCUGGUCCAGGAUAUUAGAUGACACCCUCUUUCCCCAAGGCUGGCUAGGUAUCCUCUGCACCCAGAAAGCUGAGGGGACCACGAUGAAUGUAGAGAAAACUUCACCCUUGGCUUACAGCCAGCAUACACCACCUAAUUAUUUUACAUCACAGAGGCUUCUUCUGACUUCACUUUCUUUGUCGUCAUCAUCUUCAUCAUCAUCAAAUUUAUACCCCGCCCAUCUAGCUGGGUUUCCCCAGCCACUCUGGGCAGCUCCCAACAGAAUAUUAAAAACAUGAUAAAACAGCAAACAUUCAAAACUUCCCUAAACAGGGCUGCCUUCAGAUGUCUUUUAAAAGUCAGACAAUUGUUUAUUUCCUUGACAUCUGAUGGGAGGGCGUUCCACAGGGCGGGCGCCACUACCAAGAAGGCCCUCUGCCUGGUUCCCUGUAACCUCUCUUCUCGCAGUGAGGGAACUGCCAGAAGGCCCUUGGAGCUGGACCUCAGUGUCCGGGCUGAACGAUGGGGUGGAGAUGCUCCUUCAUGUAUACUGGACCGAGGCCGUUUAGGGCUUUCAAGGUCAGCACCAACACUUUGAAUUGUGCUCAGAAACGUACUGGGAGCCAAUGUAGGUCUUUCAAGACCGGUGUUAUGUGGUCUCGGCAGCUGCUCCCAGUCACCAGUCUAGCUGUCGCAUUCUGGGUUAGUUGUAGUUUCCGGGCCACCUUCAAAGGUAGACCCACAUAGAGCCCCACCUUUAACUGCUGCCAGUGUCUCCUCUGCCAUGAGUUAUUCCAGGCUCUUUAUGGACACUUCCCUCUCUCCAUUACCUUAUUCCCACAAUAACCUCUCUCUCUCUCUUGUUAUUGCUAAGCAGGGCACAGUGCUGACACCUGCCAUGGACCAUGCGAUUUCCAUCCAGCCCACUUCCAUGAUGGGGCCCCUAACUCAGCAGCUGGGCCACCUGUCCCUCAGCAGUGCUGGCACGGUAAGUGUCUUCUUCCUCCUCUACCCUUGCCCCUUCUCGGAGAGGCUUUUGCCCUCAUCUCCUGUGCCUUUUUGACGUCUCCUCUCCCUCCGUCCCACCAGUACAUGCCAGCAGCAGCAGCUAUGCAAGGAGCCUACAUCCCCCAGUACACACCUGUGCCUUCCUCUAGUGUCGCAGUUGAGGUAAGAGGCCCUUUUGUUAUUUCUGCCUAAGUUGGGGGUGCAUGCCAGGCACCAAUAUAUCACACACACACACACAAACAAACAAACACACACACAUCACAGCUGGGGGCUGUUUUAUUAUUACUGAUCAUUAUUAUAAACGUUAUUUCUAGACCGUUCUUCAUCUGACAAUCGCAGGGCAGAAUCCUACACCAAAUACUACUGUAUUUUUCGCUCUAUAAGAUGCACCAGACCACAAGACGCACCUAGUUUUUGGAGGAGGAAAACAAGAAAAAAAAAAUCUGAAUCUCAGAAGCCAGAACAGCAAGAGGGAAAGCAGCAAUCUCUUUUGCUGUUCUGGCUUUUGGGAUAGCUGCGCAGCCUGCAUUCACUCCAUAAGACACACACACAUUUCCCCUUACUUUUUAGGAGGGAAAAAGUGAGUCUUAUAGGGCAAAAAGUAUGGUAUAUUGCAAAAUACAUAGUACAGUUGCACCUUGGAUCUUGAACGCCUUGGCUCCCGAACAAAAUUGGCUCCCGAAUUAUCAAAACCUGGAAGUGAUUGUUCCAGUUUGUGAACGUUCUUUGGAACCCGAACGUCUGACGGGGCUUCCGCGGCUUCCAAUUGGCUGCAGGAGCUUCCUGCAGCCAAUCAGAAGCCACGCUUUGGUUUCUGAACGUUUUGGAAGUCUAGCGGACUUCUGGAACGGAUUCCAUUAGACUUCCAAGGUACGGCUGUACAAAGUAUUUCACAGCAGGCACCAUCACAGCCAAUUCUGAAUAUUUUGGAAAAAGCUGAAUGCGGCGCACUAGGUCACUUUUUUUCCAGAAACCAGGAUGGGGGAGAAAAAAAUGCUUUCAAAAGAUGACUAAAGGCAAUACUGGCCAGUCAUCUCUCUAAUGGGAAGGAGUUCUGUAAUUGCUGUGAUGGCUUUGUUCUGGGUGCCUAUAACAGACAUGGCCAGCAGGGCCUCCCCACUCAUUUUAAAGCCCAGGUCAGAUGUACUGGGAGAGGCUGUCUGCCAUGUACAGUCAUACCUCGGGUUAAAGAUGCUUCGGGUUAAAUCUUUUCAGGUUGUGUCCCGCAGCGACCCGGAAGUAAUGGAACGGGUUACUUCCUGGUUUUGCCACUCGUGCAUGCGCAGAUGCUCAAAAUGACAUCACGCGCAUGCGCAGAAGUGGCGAAUUGCGACCCGCGCACACGCAGACAGGGGUUGUGUUCUGCUCAGGUUGCGAACGGGGCUCCGGAACGGAUCCUGUUCGCAACUAGAGAUACCACUCUAUUUGGGUCCUAGGCCGUUUGCAUCUUUAGACAACUGAAGACAAAACUUUAAAUCAGUCCCAAGAACCAGGGCCACUCCUGAAAGAUUCCACUUUGGGACAUCAUACAGCAGGCAUGGUAAACCUUUGGCCCUGCCAGGACUCUUAAUGUGCCCCACAAAGUUACUAUCCCCCAUCCAGGAACACACCUGUCACUCACCUGACAUCAGAUGAAGCUGAAGCUGCAAAGGAACAAUUGAGAGCCUUAGAGUGAGUUCCUGAUUCUGCCUUCACAAGUGUGGCUGGCAUAAGCCACCAUUAUACGUGGGGCAAGCUUUGCUCCUGGGGUUGGAUCAACGCAGGAACCCACUAGCAUUCAUUGCCAAAUUUAAAGGCUGCUAAGCGCAAGAUAUGCUCGCAAAGGAACAGUUGGGAGCGCAGGCUCCUGGUUGCCCCUUUACCAGUGCUGCUUGCAUUUAGCCCUAAACGGCCUCGGUCCAAUAUACCUGAAGGAGCGUCUCCAUCCCCAUCGUUCUAUCCGGACACUGAGGUCCAGCGCCGAGGGCCUUCUGGCAGCUCCCUCACUGCGAGAAGCCAGGUUACAGGGAACCAGGCAGAGGGCCUUCUCAGUAGUGACACCCGCCCUGUGGAACACCCUCCCACCAGAUGUCAAAGAGAACAACAACUACCAGACUUUUAGAAGACAUCUGAAGGCAGCCCUGUUUAGGGAAGGCUUUAAUGUUUAAUAGGCUAUUGUAUUUUAAUAUUCUAUUGGAAGCCACCCAGAGUGGCUGGGGAAACCCAGCCAGAUGGGCAGGGUAUAAAUUAUUAUUAUUAUUAUUAUUAUUAUUAUUAUUAGCACCAAAUACAAGACUUGCUUCUUUGACAAGGGGUUGGGCCCACCAGGUGUUGUGUGAGGUCAUGUGAUUGGCAGUCCUGCCGUCAAAUGUGAUUCAUGAAGGGUAGACCACAGUUGCAUCCAGCCCACCAACCAAAAAGGGAUUCCCCGCCCCUGCUGUAAAGUAACCCAGCUGCAGCAUUCGACGCUAGUUUCUGCUCCUGGGUUGCUUAGAACACAGUGCAGUAAUCCAAUCCUGAGAUUAUCAGAGAGUGGAUUAUAGUGGCCAGGCUAUCUUGGCCUAAGAACAGCUGUAGGGAUGAGGCACCUGUUUGUGUUUAAAAGAGGCAGGUGGGUGGGUGGGAGGGAGGAAUCCAGUGUGUAUACACACCCAGGGCUUUUUCCCCCUAGCCAGAACUUGCAGGAACUCAGUUCCGGCCCCUGUCAGGUGGAUGCCAUUGCCAUUCUAAGAGAACAAGGGAGAAGUUCACUGCGAGCUCCGGAACCCCUUUUCUAGAAAAAUAACACUGUAUACACCAUAAGUUUAAGGCACAUUUAAGCACCCCCUUCUGAAACAAUCUUAGGAUCUGCACAAAGCUACCAUUUCAGCACCCUUAACAAACUGCAGUUCCCAGGACUCUCUGUGUGUUUGUGUGUGUUUAACACACUUUAAAUUAUGGUGUGUACACAGCCCAGGCCUAGACACCAACCACCGUGUUCGAAGGCAAUGCUUGCACGCAUGAGAAAUAAGCCAAGUUCCUGAUCCCACUGCCAAAAUGGUCUGGCCUGUUUGGACCUUUGUGAAACCAUCUUCCUCCCCACUACUGCCCUCUGGCUUUAGGAGAUAUAAAGUACUGUGGUACCUCGGGAUGCGAACGGGAUCCCUUCCGGAGCCCCGUUCGCAUCCUGAACAGAACGUAAGGCGCGACUGCGCAUCUGCGCGUGCCAUGUUUCGACGCUUCUGUGCGUGCGCGUGACAUCAUUUUGACCGUCUGCGCAUGCACGAGCGGCGAAACCCGGAAGUAACGCGCUCCGUUACUUCUGGGUCGCCAGAGAGCGCAACCCGGAAAUGCUUAUCCUGAAGCGUAUUUAUCCCGAGGUAUGACUGUAUCGUUCUACUGAACCAUUUUAAGUUGGGGUAGGACUUUGGUUUCCAACUAAUGUUUAACAAGGAUCAUCUUUGUAGAGGGGGCAGCAAGAUCACAUUGCCUGCUGACUGCUCUUUUCCAUACGAGUGGAGGCCUGGCCAAAGGGCCCUUUAACCCUCUCUUGCCAAGCAACAGAGGCGGUGUCAACAUUUCUCUGCUUACACGCCUUAGCAGCAAACUCGUGUGUGUGUGUGUGCCACAAGGAGGAAAAUUAGAGAGAGCCGCCGAAAAACACAAUACGGGAAGUGAGGGGAUGGGGCGGAGAGCAAGGCUACACUAGGAGAUUGUCACAAGCUGUUUGGACACAGAGGAAUGGUGCGAGGCAGCAGCUGAGGAGCCCCCAAGGGAAGAAGGCUCAGAGCCCGGGAAUGGUGGUGGAACAACAAUGCGUUGUCAGAAGGACAAGACUAGGAGAAGGAGGAGCUGGCAACUGAAGAGGCAACAGGGCUCAAUGAGCAGGGAGAGUCUGUGGCCGAGAGAAGUCCAGAAUCAGGCAGAAGCUGAAGCAGGAGGGGAGCCAAGAGGCAAAGAUGAGACAGGCUAGUGAAGAGUCCUGGGGUCUCCAGCUUUUGCUGCAAUGAGCUCCUCUCCCCGCUGGUCUCCCGGAACCAGGAGAGGCAUGAAAAGGGCAGAAGAGAAGUUCACUUCCUGGAGGCACAGUCUCAGAUUGCUUGGGGGAAACUCUGGAGAGGAGGGGACUUAGGCAGCUGGGGGGAGGUGGGGAGCUUCAGUCUCCCCAGCUGCUUCAUGGGGGCAAGACCUACCAGAGAUGAGUCGCUGCGCACAUUAGGCCUGAUACACCCAUGCAGAUCCAAGUCGGCCUUGCUUAACUUGGUGGACCUGAUAGGUUCGGGAGGAAACGUGUUGUUGUUGUUUAGUCGUUUAGUCGUGUCCGACUCUUCGUGACCCCCUGGACCAGAGCACGCCAGGCACUCCUGUCUUCCACUGCCUCCCGCAGUUUGGUCAAACUCAUGCUGGUAGCUUCGAGAACACUGUCCAACCAUCUCCUCCUCUGUCCUCCCCUUCUCCAUCUUUCCCAACAUCAGGGUCUUUUCCAGGGAGUCUUCUCUUCUCAUGAGGUGACCAGAGUACUGGAGCCUCAGCUCCAGGAUCUGUCCUUCCAGUGAGCACUCAGGGCUGAUUUCCUUCAGAAUGGAUAGGUUUGAUCUUCUUGCAGUCCAUGGGACUCUCAAGAGUCUCCUCCAGCACCAUAAUUCAAAAGCAUCAAUUCUUCGGCGAUCAGCCUUCUUUAUGGUCCAGCUCUCACUUCCAUACAUCACUACUGGGAAAACCAUAGCUUUUACUAUACGGACCUUUGUUGGCAAGGUGAUGUCUCUACUUUUUAAGAUGCUGUCUAAGAUGCUGUGUUUUGUCACAGGAGAACAGUGGCCAGCAGAGCCAUGUGACAGUGGAGUCCCCAUCGGAUCAUGCUGCCUACUCGUACCAGUACAACAAGUAACAACAGGUAAGGUGGAAGUGGGGAGGCAUUGUGUGGGGCGUGGAAGGACAGCUCCAUCUCUCCCAGAGGGCAAAAGCAACAUCCGCCUAAGGCUUGGUUAUCAGCCAGUUCCGGGAGGGCUGGGGAUGGUGCCAGAGGCUGGACCACUUUGACUUGACCCCGGGGCCACAAGCGCAGCAGGGGCCAACUCAGGGUAGCACCCGCCCUCGUAAUUACCUCCACUUUCCAUCCUUCCAGCACCAUCGAGCAGCUCAGCUCUGAGCAUUCACUUCGAGGGAGACAACUUUUAUUUUUGUUUAAUUUGUGCUGCGUUUAGAAGAUGGAACCAUUUUUUUUUCCUGCAAAGAAAAAAGGUUGUUUUUGUUUUUGUUUGUUUUUUUAAAAAAGGAAAUAACCGCAAUAGACUUUUGACACCGAGGAACCAAAGGAGGUUAGCGUGGGGGUGGAAAGGCUAUGGCCCCCCGACCCUUAGAUGUACAGAUGGACUAAGGACUAUUUUAAUACAAGGAAAACAUUUUUGUGUGUGCGUGUGCGUGUGUUUGCGCGUUAAUUUUCUUGUUAACAGCAAAGUCAAACGCUUUGGAUGCCACAAAAUUCCCCAGAGAAGAACAAUUGUUAUUGUUUAUUUUUUUCCUCGCUCUCUUUUUUGGAAAGAUGGCUCUCCAACUCUGGGAGGAAUUUUUUUGCUCCUUUGAAUUUGUUUUAUUUUCUUUGGUCAUUUAAAAGAUUUUUUAAAGGACAAAUAUGCAAAAGUGUUUGGAUAUUUUUUGUUGUUUUAUAAGAAAAAAAAAUGCUCUGAGAAAGCCCCACCUCGCAGCUGUUAGGAAAAAAAAUCAAUGCAGACUUCUUCUUUUCUUCUUCCUUGGGGUGGGAGUGGGGAGGGAGUGGGGAUUUUGCUUUGAAAGGAUUAUUUUAUUAUUUCAAGAGGGUGAUUUUUUUUUUCUAAAAAAGACAAAUUUACAAAAAAACAAAAAAGGAAACCUACAAAAAAAAUCUACAAAAAAGGAAAACUACAAAAAAAAUAUAUGAACUUUUGACGGCAGCAAGAGGGGCUUGCAUAAAAACUUGUCAAGUUGGAGGGAGAUGAAGUGGCUGGUGGCUUUUGAUGAACGGACUAUUUUGCGGGGGGCAAAAGUUCUGCCCCAGCUGAGAGAGAGAGAGAGAGAAAAAGAGAAAGAAAGUUUGCUCCAGACCUCGAUUUCUGCCCUCUACCCUGUCCGAUGGGACCGGUUCUUGCUGGAUUGCUUUGGACUCUGUUUUGAGCUUCUGCGCAGACCCUUCUUUGCUUCCACACGGACUUCCCCCUCGCCCGCCCUGCUCUGGAUCAGGGGAACAAUAAACUGAUUGAGGAACCUGCUGCCCCGUGAUGUGUCGUCGCUUCCGGACUCUUGGACACUGAAUGGACGCAUUGCCAGCAACAGUGCUUCGCGCUCCUGCCCUCUCCUGUCCCCCCUCCCGACCCCCCCUUGGGACACACACACACAGUGCCUUCUGCUGCCUGCGGUCCGGACUGUGCUGCCGUAUGCCCCGCCUCCGACUCCUGCAUGCCUGUCAAACCCAGGUGCACACAGC